GGGAAGCCAACCGGAAGUAGAGGAAAUUCCUGGGAGAUAGUCGUUGUCUCUGAUCCGGAAGUAGCUGUGGAUUCUGUGUUUUUUGAAAGGGUAAGCGGUUGUUAUGGUGCUGAGUGCUACCCUUUGAAGAAGACAAAACUGACCCAGUGGGCCUGUUCAGUAAAAUCGUAUUGUAUCUAACCGAAAUACUAAUUGCCAAGGAUAGACAAACAUUAAAUAAGCAAGCUGUGACUGCUUGGAGUUUGAGACACCAGUAAUAAUUGUAUCGCAGAAGUAUUAUCUCGCGUUUACCACAUGAACUCAGGACACAGCAAUGCAUGUGUAAAAAAAAAAAUCAUAUUUGGUUUAACAUAUUACUGUUUAAUUACAUUUGGAGGCUCCUGGCCCCUACAACUAGUGUGCUGUUGUGGUGCUUAUAAUGUCUCUUUGGCCAUCCGGAGUGCACUUGGGUUAAUGACAGCUAAUCUUUGUCUUCAACCCAUAUCUUACUUUCCUUCUGAAAGUCUAAAGGAAACACUAUCCUUACACUGAACAUAAGAUUGAAAUUGAUAUUUUAGGAAGUGUAAAUUAAUAGCCAUGGUGAAAGUGGCUAGGGCUACAGAAAUAUUGAUUUCACUCCUAAACAGAGAAUUGAGCAGUGAGACUGCGGGAUUGAGAUCAUGAUCUAUCCAUUUGGCUGACCCUUUAAAGGGACACUCCAGACACCCAGACCACUUCUACCCAUUGGAGUGGUCUGGGUGCCAACUCCCACUACCCUUAACCCUGCAACUGCAACAAUAUUUACCUUGCAGGGUUAACUCCUCCUCUAGUGGCUGCCUACUAGACAGCCACUAGAGGGCACUUCCGGGUUUAUAGCACACAUUUCGUGUGCUAUAGUGUCGCUGGACGUCCUCACGCUAUGUGAGGACCUCCAGCCAACGUCACUGAAAUCCCCAUAGGAAAGCAUUGAAAGCCUUUUUCAGUACCUUCCUAUGAAGAGGUCUAGUGCCGUGCAUGUGCAUUAGGUCUCUCCCCGCCUACCGCGCAUGCGCAAUAGGUCUCCCCCGCCAUCAUCCGGAGCGUGGGCGGACCCUGAACCAGCGCAGAGGGACAUCGGUGCUGGAUACUGGUAAGUCGCUGUAGGGGUUUUAACCCCUUCAGCAACUUGGGAUAUGGGGUGGGAGGGAGAGGGGAUCUGCAGUGCCAGGAAAACGGUUUGUUUUCCUGGCACUGGAGAGUCCCUUUAAGCCAGCCUCCUUUACCCAAGCUUCCUGUUUACAAUUCCCUUUCUAACCUACAGUGUCCAGUAACACAGCAAAGCUAGUAGGAGAUAAGUGCCCAUUUAAGUAGUCAAUGCGCUAGAUUAUCUCAUUUCCAUAAGUGUAUACGUCAUGGCCACAAAUAUGUGGACAACUCUUUCAGUUUGCGGAUUUUGUUAUUUCAGUCAAUCUCAGGGCCUUCGGAGUCCUAUCUUACUUCAGUUCCCUGGUAUCUGGCAUCUUGUGACAUCAGGGAACUGUCUUUAGACAGCACAGUGAGAAUGCGUCAUUAGUAGUACUUGCAUUGUGCAGCUGGCACUAGGGGAGUGCUUUAGCAGCGCCCUCAACAUGAUCCUGAAGGCUGAGGAGCCAACCAGACGGCCUGUCAGUGGGUGGGCCUGGCCAUUAUGGGUGUUGCUAGUGACAUGAGUUGUGUCACUUGAUGAUGCGACCUCACGAUCCCACCCACCCCGUCCCGAUUCUUCACUCCUGAUUUUAGUAGGUAUGUUCAAACCAUUGGUAAGAGUUGUAUAAUAUUAAAUAUACAGACAUGCAGUCUUCAUACGGUUAAUAGAUUGAUCAUACUAUGCAUAGUUAAGUAACUUUCAACGUAGCUCCAUCAUAAAAUGCCACCUUGUCAACACAUCAAAUUAUAUUCAUUCUUCCUAAUUAGAUCUGAGCUAUUCAACUGUAAGGUCUAUUAUUGUAAAUUGGAGAAAUUCACUUUGCAAAUGUUUGGGGCACACAAGCUCAUAGAAUCUUCUAGUGCUGUACUAUGUGAACUAUUAUAUCCCUUUACAACCCUUAUAACAUUGUUUUAACCUGCCUCUGGAUAUAAUAUUAAAAAAAAAAAAAAAUGUUCAUCUGAAUUUCAUGUUGCAGGAUUUCUUUUGGCUCUCACAAACCAGCCCAAGAUCAAAAUGUGCAAUGCUAAGCAUAAUUUUAAUGUUGGAAAGUGUACCAGUAUUGGUCUUAGAUCCUUCAUUCUUCUGAGGUAGAUAAAGUUAGUACCAUUAAAUUGGGUAAUAGUAACUGUGACGGAGCUCCCUGUGACGGAACUGGGGUCCUGGAACCGCUCUAGACACCCCCACUGGACGACACUUUCCCCGUUGGAACAGUGAUUAAAGAAUAGCCUUUUACCCCAGUAACCAGACGAGUACAACUGCCUUAUAUGCAGGUUCCCAUGCAAAGGCCAUCCAAAAAGGGUGUUCCUGGAAGUCAUAAUUUAGACUGGCGGUCGUCUUCAAACUACCGAACAUAGUCAAUAAUCUUACCCGGGAUGGUUUUGUGGGAACGUUUCCACCGAACAGUGUCUUUCUAAGGGUUGUAGAACAGAAUGCAGGUGGAAGUCCAGCGGUGUUCGGGAGUUUCAGUAUCCGAAAAUAGUUCCAUGAACAAAGUAGCAAUUAGGCUUAACAAGCUCCAGGGUUGUCUCUGGUUUGUGCGGCUGUUCGGUUCCGAACUGAGACUUUUACAUCUCAUUUACAGGGUCCAUAGUGUGGGCAGGCUCCUCCAGAAACUCUUUCAAACUGACUUGAAAAGGGGAGUUUGUCACCGUAACAACAACCCCUGGAUGUUGGGCUAAGGUAGCAUCCCCAGGACAUACUUGAAAACCAGAGUAAUCUAAAUGUACCUUUCCUGGUUAAAUACUUUGUUAAUAUUAUAUACUCUUCUGGAGUAAUGAAUCCAAUAUCAUCAUCUAGUUACUCAAAUCACUGCAUAGUACCAAAAUAAGUUUGGUGUAAGAAUUCUAAAGUUUUUUGUUUUUUUUAUUGUUACAACUAAGCCAGUUCAUUUCACUGAGCAAACUUCUUUAGAAUAUAUUAUUCAGUGAUAUUGUGGAAGAUUCUGUAAUUAGAAGUUUACUGCAAUAGUCUGGAUUAAGUCCUUGUUUUAUAACCGCAAUGUGUCCAUUCACAAAGUGAACUGCAUACAGGCAUAGUUUAUCAUGAUACGUGUGGAAGAACACUGUGGACGCUGACUAUUCUCCAGAACAUCAGGGUCCUCUUUUAUACAUUUGUGGUAAAAUUAAAGGAAAUCACAAUGGUAUGUUCUGAUAUCUGUUAGAUUAACUAUAAGAGAAGUGCAUUAUAAUAUGGAGGACCAGUCCCAUAAUGGUUAUGAUUUUGGAAUUAAAUAUUUUUUAACAAAUGUUUAUAUACUUUUGUAUACACCAGUGGUAGUCAACCUUUUUCUACCUACCGCCCACUAAUGCAUCUUUCUUGAUGGAAAAAUGUCCUUACCGCCCACCAGUUUUCGCGCAAGUGCAGAAUAUUUUUUUAGAAAGGAGGGCGUUUAAAAAAAAAAUAAAUGUACGUACAUUUAUCUUUUUAUUUCUACUUUAUGCAUGUUUAUAAUGUUUUUAAAUUUAUAAAGUUUAAUGAGAAAACAAUAAAGUAAAUUGAAAUUACCUUUACUAGUGAUUAAUGAGAUCCUUGAGGUUGAUGCUGCAAGACUAAAUAUUUAAUAUCUGGUUCGUUUUUCGUAAGGAACAAACGAAGGUCUCCUCUUUCGGUGAUAUUCAGACGAUUUCUCUGUUUGCUCAUAAUAUGAUUUAUCUGUGCAUCAGCUCCCCUCCUCUGCCUCCUCAAUGCCCCUCCCCACCUUUUUUUUUUUUCUUCCUUUUUUCUAUUUUUUCACCUUCCUUAUAGCAAUGCCCAGAAGGAAGGCUGAGCUAGGCAGCCCACUUACUAUUAUUAGCCAACAACAAUUCUCUCCUUUUCCUUUUUAUUUUCAUUCUUUCUCCUUUUUUACAAGUACUCUACUCCUUCUUUCUCCUAUUCUACAAGUACUCUGCGCCUUCUUUCUCCUUUUUACAAAUACUCUACUCCUUCUUCUAUUCUACAAGUACUCUGCUCACAGACAAACACACUUACAGACACACACUCACACAAACACUUACAAACACAUAUACCUACAGACACACACAUACACACAUAUACUUAGACACACACAUAUACUUAGAGACACACACAUACACUUACAGACACAGACACACACAUACACUUACAUACACCCAAAUUAUUAAUAUUAAAUGUCCACCCAGCCUCCCUACCUAGAGAGAUGGUGUGGGUCUGUCCCUUGGAUCCAGUGGGGCUUCACUUCAGCGGGCGACAGAGUUAAAAUCCGAGGGGGCGAGGGAGCUCUAACCUCUCUGCUCUGCUCCCUCGCGGGAGCCGGACUGAUGCCGGGAGCCGGAAUAUGACGUCAUACCACUGCUGCACGCCAUGCCGGGGGGGUCCAGAACGUGGCCUGGCAGGAGGGAGCACCUUCCUCCUGCCGGUCACUGAAAUCUUGCGCCCGCAUAGCCACUUGCACCCACUCAAAAGAAAGAGGAUUUAGCCGCUGAAAUCCCUACCAAUACAAAAAGAUAAGUCCUGCGCUCACUCCCAUCACUACUGGGCCGACAGCGAUGAUUACAGUACACAUCAGCCCCAAUAUAUAGUAAAAACCAAAGAAAGAAAAAGUUACCUGCGCUGUCUCCUUAAUCCCUAUGUAUAUUUAGACAAAUGGAGGUCAUUUAGUUGCUCCAAAGGCCAUUGGAGGGAAUGCCCGCCUGCCAACGUCAAGGCAGACCCCCCUAAAAACCAAAGAAAGAAAAAAAAAUUAUUUCUUUGGUUUUUAUUAUAUAUUGGGGUUGAUGUGUAGUCAUUGCUGCCGGCCCAGUAGUGAUGGGAGUGAGUGCAGGAUUUAUCUUUUUGUAUUUGUAUUUACUUUGUAUCACACAGCCUUGUUACAAUGCUGCCGCCCAUCCCAUGUGUUCCCUAUUAAAGGUUAAUAAGUAUAUAGGGGUGUAUAUAAAAAAUACCCGUCUCUGUCUCAUAAGAGAUAUCUUUGCCAGAAGCUCAAGGAAGCAGGCUGAAGGGUCAGUGUAGGACACACUUUAGGGGGGUCUGCCUUGACGUUGGCAGGCGGGCAUGCCCUCCAAUGGCCAUUGGAGCAACUAAAUGACCUCCAUUUGUCUAAAUAUACAUAGGCAUUAAGGAGAGAACGCAGGUAACUUUUUCUUUCUUUGGUUUUACUAUAUAUUGGAGCUGAUGUGUACUGUAGUCAUUGCUGCCGGCCCACUAGUGAUGGGAGUUAGCGCGGGACUUAUCUUUUUGUGUUUACUUUGUAUCACACAGCCUUGUUACAAUGCUGCCGCCCAUCCCAUGUGUUCCCUAUUAAGGGUUAAUAAGUAUAUAGGGGUGUAUAUAAAAAAUACCCCUCUCUGUCUCAUUAGAGAUAUCUUUGCCAGAAGCUCAAGGAAGCAAGGUGAAGGAUCAGUGUAGGACCUGCUUUAGGGGUCUGCCUUGACAUUGGCAGGCGAGCAUUCCCUCCAAUAGCCAUUGGAGCAACUAAAUGACCUCCAUUUGUCUAAAUAUACAUAGGGAUUUAGGAGAGAGCGCAGGUAACUUUCUAUAAAAAAACCCACAUGGGAGAAUACCUUUUCUUUUUACUAACAAGCAUGAAGCUAUAUUUCUUCUUGCAUGGAAAGAAACAGAGAAGGUUAAAUGUGCCCUUUGGGAAUGGUUAGCGAUAGAGAAGGAAAGGUACACACUAUAGUAUUUGGAAAGCAAACAUGUUAUUGCUAAUCGUAUAGUUUUACUCUACCCACAGUUCAAAUGUUUGCAUACCCUGGCAGAAAUUGUGAAAUUUUGGCAUUGAUUUUGGAAAAUAUGACUGAUCAUGCAAACAAAAUAUAUUUUAAUGAGGGAUAGUGAUCAUAUGAAGCCAUUUAUUAUCACAUAGUUCUUUGGUACCUUUUUAAAUCAUAAUGAUAACAGGAAUAGCCCAAAUGGCCCUGAUCAAAAGUUGACAUACCUUUGAAUGUUUUCCCUUGUUACAGACACACAAAGUGGCGCACACAGGCUAAAUGACAAUUUAAGGUUAAUUUUCCACACCUGGGCAUUUUUAAAUUGCUAUUGGUGUCUGUGCAUAAAUAGUCACUGAGUUUGUUAGCUCUCACGUGGAUGCACUGAGCAGACUAGAUACUGAGCCAUGGAGAGCAGAAAACUGUCAAAAGAACUACAUAACAAGGUAAUGGAACUUUAUGAAGACGGAUAUAAAACCGAUAUCCAAAGACUUGAAAAUGCCAGGCAGUACUGUUCAAUCCCUUAUUAAGAAGUGGAAAAUCUCUUGAUACCAAGCCAAGGUCAGGUAGACCCAGAAAGAUUUCAGCCACAACUGCCAGAAGAAUAGUUCCGGAUACAAAGAAAACUCCACAGGUAACCUCAGGAGAAAUACAGGCUGCUCUGAAAAAAGACUGUAUGGUUGUUUCAAGGAGCACAAUACGAUGAUACUUGAACAAAAAUGAGCUGCAUGGUCGAGUUGCCAGAAAGAAGCAUUUACUGUGCCAAUGCCACCAAAAAAAAAAAAGCCUGGUUACAAUAUGCCGACAAUACCUUGACAUGCUUCUGGCACAUAUGUAGUGAUGAAACCAAACUAGAGCUUUAUGGUCACAACCAUAAACACUAUAUUUGAAGUGGGCUCAACAGGGCCUAUAGUGGAAAGAAUACCAUCCCCACUGUGAAGCAUGGUGGUAGCCCACUGAUGCGAGGUGGAAGCACUAAAGGCACAGGGAAUCUUGUGAAAAUUGAUGGCAAGAUGAAUGCAGCAUGUUUUCAGAAAAUACUGACAGACAAUUUGCAUUCUUCUCCACAAAGGCAACGCAUGGGAUGCUCUUGGACUUUCCAGCAUGACAAUUAUUAUUUUAUUAUUUAUAUAGCGCCAGCAAAUUCCAUAGCACUGUACAAUGACCACAAGGCCAAGUUGACCCUCCAUUGGUUACAGUUGAAAAAGGUGAGGUUCUGGGUUGACAUGCUUUGUUUUACAAUUGUGCCGUUCUGUUAUAACCUACAGAUGAAUAUGAAUCCCAUAAGAACUAAAAGAAGUGUGUUUAGCCUGCUUACUCAUGUUUCUUUAAAAAUGGUACAUAUAUUACCAACUCUCCAAAGGUAUGCAAACUUUUGAGCACAACUGUAUGUUUGUGUCCACCACCCCUCUGCGAGGCUUUAAAAAUUGAGUAUUACUACCUUCACUCCCUUGCCAAGCUGGUCUCACUGCAAACGCUCUGGCUCUUGGGUGAGAUCAUCAAGACUGUCCUAAACCAAUCCAAUUAUUUUCCAUAGGGAAGCAUUGGAAGGCUAGUAAGCAUGUGUGGCAAAUUGUCACACUGUGUCAAUUAAACAGGAAGAGAGCCGUUGCAGGGUUUAAAUGUCUCCUCUGUGUCACAUCUGUGUUCCUAACGCUAUAGUGUUCAUUUAAAAAAAAAUAACAAUAAUAUUAUUAGCCACUUUAUUCAAAGACCAGCACAUUAAAACAAGCAGUGAACUAUAUGACUUCCAGAUGCAUGGUGAGUUAUGUCAAAAAACAGCACAUUGCAUUUACACCACUGGCCUGUACAGUGCCUAUAUAUCAAUCCCAAAGGAGCAUCUUUGGCAUGUUAAUGAUGUUAGUAACAUCAAUGUGUAACAACAGUUCUGUUUGAACCCGUAUUGCUGUCAGCAAUGACCAGUCAGUCCGUAAUGUUUUCUACACCUAAUAUAAUCCCUGUAUUUAAAGGGAAACUCCAGUGCCAGGAAAACAAUCAGUUUUCCUGGCACUGCAGGUUCCCUCCCACCCCGCAGCCCCGGUUGCUGAAGGGGUGAAAACCCCUUCAGUAACUUACCUGAGGCAGCGACGAUGUCCCACGUCGCUGCUUCUCCCUCCGCGCCUCUCCUCCUUCCCCUUCCACUGGCAAUGCCUCGCAUGCGCAUUAGCGCUCCCCAUAGGAAAGCAUUGAAAAUGCAUUUCAAUGCUUUCCUAUGGGGAAAUGAGCGACGCUGGAGGUCCUCACACAGCGUGAGGACCUCCAGCGACGCUCUAGCACAGGUUUCCUGUGCCCUCUAGUGGCUGUCUACUAGAGUUAACCUUGCAAGGUAAUUAUUGUAGUUUAUGAAAACUGCAAUAAUUACACUUGCAGGGUUAAGGGUAGUGGGAGUUGGCACCCAGACCACUCCAAUGGGCAGAAAUGGUCUUGGUGUCUGGAGUGUCCCUUUAAGCAUUUAUGUUCCGGAGUAGAGAUGUCCACAGAAAUAAUUUUUGUUCAUUUCUUUGUUACAAUUUUUGUUUCAGAUCAUCCAGAAAUGUAUUCACAUAGCUAUUUAGUUUAACCAAAAUUUGUUAAAAUUUUUAGUUAAACAAAUCUCGUUCAACCAUUGAUGUUUAUGGAAAUGGAUGAAUACUGUUUGCAAAACAGGAUUAAAGGAACGCUACAGGCACCCAGACCACUUCAUCUCAGUGAAGUGGUCUGGGUGCCAUGUGCCCUCUGUUUUAACGACUUCCUUCUGGUGCCUCUUCCAUGAAAUCAUGGAUUAUUGGAUUAGCGCAGUGUGACAAUUUGCUGUGCAUGCACAAUAGCCUUCCAAUGUUUUCUUAUGGAAUAGUUGGGAUCAACAAUCUCCGUGAUCUCAGCCAGGGGCGUUUUAGCUGCGAGGCAAACAAGGCAUUUGCCUUGGGCGGCGGCAAAAAAAGCCGCCCCCCAAAUGCCCAGGGCAAAUGUCUUGUUAGCCUUGCGGCUAACAGACAUGCCGAGCGGGCGGACGGCGCUGGAUGAUGGUCCGGCGGGCGGCUGCCGAGGGAGCUCUUCCUCUGAGCCGUCUGCUCAGCUCCCUCGCGCGCCGUAGAGUGAGGCUGGGAGCCGGAAUAUGACGUCAUCAACCCGGCUCCCAGCCUAACUCUGCGGCGCGCGAGGGAACUGAGCAGACCGCUCAGAGGAAGUGCUCCCUCGCCAGCCGCCCGCCCAGCGCCCCCCGACCACCCAGCAGCCACUGGACCACCAGGGAGAUAGAGAACCCCUUACCCCCCAGCACUCCCAAAGGUAAGGAGGCGGGGUUAAAAAAAAAAUGUUAAUGUGGUGAGUGAGUGUGUGUGUGUCUGUUAGUGUGUGAGUGUGUGUGUCUAUGAGUGUGUCAGUGAGUGUGUGUUUCUGUUAGCUAGUGUAUGCGUAUCUGUCAGUGAAUGAAUGUAUGUGUGUGUGUGUGUGUGUAUUUAGAAGGCGGGGCGGGGGGAAGGGAUGGGUGGCGGUAUCGCGCGGGGGGGGGCUGGAGGGGGGGAUUGGGGAGUGCCUGAGUUUUGUCCUGCCUAGGGCAGCACAAAACCAGGAUACACCACUGAUCUGAGCCAAGGAGGCGGGACCAGCUGUAGAAAUAGUGGCGUGGGAAAUAUGGUGAGUUGACUUUUAACAUUCGCGGGGGAGGAAGUCACCUAAAUGAUGAGAUACUAUACCAUUAGGAAUAAACAUUUCAUCUUUAAAGAAAUUCAAUGCAGUUGCACAUAUACACUCGCAGCCAAAUAAAAUAAGAAUUGUUUGAACGUUUGCAUAAUAAAAAUCAGAAAUAUAAAAUGAAAACAAUAAUUUUUAAUGUUCAAUUGUUCAUCAAUUAAACUAGUCGUGAGCUGAGGGAAAGUAGAUGGAGUCUUACAUUAUCAGUGUGCUGUGGUUAUUGGUACUUGCUGUUAUCUUUCUUCUCUGAAUAUGCUGCAGGGUGGCUGCUGGCUAUACUGCUGCUUGUACUUGUGAGUGUGCUGCUUCAGUAGACAGUCUGAGUAAAUUUUUGAAGUAUCAGACUUUUUUUUUAUUUAUGUUUUUCCCCUUCAUUUGAACUUUAGAAUAUAAUACAGGUAUUUUCUUAAUAAGGAAUAGACCAGACAUUUAUUUCCUAGGUUUCUUGCUGCUGCCUGCAGAUGAAGACUCUGCAGAGGUCUGGCUCAUUGUCUUUUUUUUCUUCAUUAUUCAUUUGCUUAAAGGACCACUAUAGUGCCAGGAAAACAUGCUCGUUUUCCUGGCACUAUAGUGUCCUGCUAUGUUUAUAGAAAAAAGGGUUAAACCUAGUUGGACCAGGCACCCAGACCACCUCAUUAAGCUAAAGUGGUCUGGGUGCCUAUAGUGGUCCUUUAAAUUCAUUGACAAGAAAACUAUAUUCCUGGCUAAUCAUGGCAGCAUCACUCAUGGGUAGCUCCUCCCCCUACACCUCAGUCUUUGUUCCUGUCCUUAGCUGAUUCUACAGGACUUAAAACACUUUUUUUUUUUCAUAUUGUUUUUGGCCACCUGUUUGUCGUCGUUUUGUUCCGAAUUAAUUUCAGCCUCUCUUAUUUGAAGGACCCAGUAAACGGACUAACUGGGUCAGGUUCAGUGUCUGUACUGAACUGCUGCGUGGGAUUUAUAUAUUGUGUUCUGAGGGUGACACAGCUACAAUGUAUUUCAUGGGGUUGGACCUCCUUUAAAAAAUUCCUUUUUUUUGGCAUUACCCCUACAAAUUGGAGCCUAAAUCCCUCCCCCCUCCCCCUUGUGGCAGUUUAUUGGGAUCCAUAUUAGUGUGGGGUCCUCCAGUUGGAGGGAACCAUUGUAGGGACGUUCCGUAUUCAAUUGCUGGAAUGAGGUAGUGCAUUCCAGCGGACAGAAGGGACAUCGUAGGGGUUGUGUGGGUAUAACGCGAGCGCCUGGAAUGCAUAGCGUGCAUGCCAGCAUUCUGCAAAUGAGUGGAACUACCGUUCUUCCCCGACACUAUUUAAAUCAGAGUGAUCUGAGGCUCUGUGUGCAUGCUACAUCUGCUGAUAGCGAUCUUGAGCGCACUACUUCACGUCCUUUGAUUUGGUGCGUUGAAGUUGGAGUUUUUUCCUUUGGCUGUUUGAAUUGUCUUUGUCAGAAGGUAGGCUUUUCUCCUUGUGGUUUUUAAACUUUACUUGACAUUCCGUUUUGCUUCUGAAUUUUGAUGGGAUGUGGAUUUGGGUCUUUUGACAUUUCUUUUGAUUUCCAUUAUAGUAUGGAUUCUCUAGCCAAUAACUUUUAAUAUUCUGGGGGGGUUUAAAAGAGUGCCAGGUUGAGCCUGUAAUAUACAGGGAGUGCAGAAUUAUUAGGCAAGUUGUAUUUUUGAGAAUUAAUUUUAUUAUUGAACAACAACCAUGUUCUCAAUGAACCAAAAAAACUCAUUAAUAUCAAAGCUGAAUAUUUUUGGAAGUAGUUUUUAGUUUGUUUUUAGUUUUAGCUAUGUUAGGGGGAUAUCUGUGUGUGCAGGUGACUAUUACUGUGCAUAAUUAUUAGGCAACUUAACAAAAAACAAAUAUAUACCCAUUUCAAUUAUUUAUUAUUACCAGUGAAACCAAUAUAACAUCUCAACAUUCACAAAUAUACAUUUCUGACAUUCAAAAACAAAACAAAUCAGUGACCAAUAUAGCCACCUUUCUUUGCAAGGACACUCAAAAGCCUGCCAUCCAUGGAUUCUGUCAGUGUUUUGAUCUGUUCACCAUCAACAUUACGUGCAGCAGCAACCACAGCCUCCCAGACACUGUUCAGAGAGGUGUACUGUUUUCCCUCCUUGUAAAUCUCACAUUUGAUGAUGGACUACAGGUUCUCAAUGGGGUUCAGAUCAGGUGAACAAGGAGGCCAUGUCAUUAGAUUUUCUUCUUUUAUACCCUUUCUUGCCAGCAACGCUGUGGAGUACUUGGACGCGUGUGAUGGAGCAUUGUCCUGCAUGAAAAUCAUGUUUUUCUUGAAGGAUGCAGACUUCUUCCUGUACCACUGCUUGAAGAAGGUGUCUUCCAGGAACUGGCAGUAGGACUGGGAGUUGAGCUUGACUCCAUCCUCAACCCGAAAAGGCCCCACAAGCUCAUCUUUGAUGAUACCAGCCCAAACCAGUACUCCACCUCCACCUUGCUGGCAUCUGAGUCGGACUGGAGCUCUCUGCCCUUUACCAAUCCAGCCACGGGCCCAUCCAUCUGGCCCAUCAAGACUCACUCUCAUUUCAUCAGUCCAUAAAACCUUAGAAAAAUCAGUCUUGAGAUAUUUCUUGGCCCAGUCUUGACGUUUCAGCUUGUGUGUCUUGUUCAGUGGUGGUCGUCUUUCAGCCUUUCUUACCUUGGCCAUGUCUCUGAGUAUUGCACACCUUGUGCUUUUGGGCACUCCAGUGAUGUUGCAGCUCUGAAAUAUGGCCAAACUGGUGGCAAGUGGCAUCGUGGCAGCUGCACGCUUGACUUUUCUCAGUUCAUGGCAGUUAUUUUGCGCCUUGGUUUUUCCACACGCUUCUUGCGACCCUGUUGACUAUUUUGAAUGAAACGCUUGAUUGUUCGAUGAUCACGCUUCAGAAGCUUUGCAAUUUUAAGAGUGCUGCAUCCCUCUGCAAGAUAUCUCACUAUUUUUGACUUUUCUGAGCCUGUCAAGUCCUUCUUUUGACCCAUUUUGCCAAAGGAAAGGAAGUUGCCUAAUAAUUAUGCACACCUGAUAUAGGGUGUUGAUGUCAUUAGACCACACCCCUUCUCAUUACAGAGAUGCACAUCACCUAAUAUGCUUAAUUGGUAGUAGGCUUUCGAGCCUAUACAGAUUGGAGUAAGACAACAUGCAUAAAGAGGAUGAUGUGGUCAAAAUACUCAUUUGCCUAAUAAUUCUGCACUCCCUGUAUGUUUAUAUAUGGCUUUGUUUCAGCCCCAGCAAACAAUUGGAUUCACCCCCUAAAAAAUCAAGGGAUAAAACCAAUAAAUGCGUGAACUGUUUGUCCUCUGCACCUCAGGGAAGGAACCUCUGCAGAGAAUGCUUAUUGGAAAUAGCGGAUGCUUCCAAUAGGAGUUCCCAACAGGACGACCUUAACGCUGGAUUUCCCAAGCCAUUGCUGAGGGCUUUAAGUCCACCACGGAUAAAAGUGGUCUAUGUAAAAGACGCAGGGCGGAAGCUCAGUCUUCAUGCUCUGAGAAAGGCCCUGAUAUGUGGGAGGUCUCAGAUGAAUGUGAGGAAAUAGGUCAACAUUCCCGGUGCAUUCUUCAAUUAGGGACACGAUCCUUCUAGAAUGUAACAAGCCUGAAAGAAAAUCCACAUUAAAGAAUAAGCUUACGAGGAUAUAUCCCUACUCUGCCAAUGACAGCGCAGUAUGGAACUCAAUCCUUAAAAUAGAUGCUGCCUUGAUUAAUAUGGCUAAGAAAACUAUGUUCCCCAUUUACUCCAUGACUUACCUUAGAGAACCUAUGGAAAAACAUAUGGAUGGGGAUCUCCUAAAAUCUUACUUAGCCCUAGGCUCCACCCUCCAUACUGCAGUGGCACUAACCACUCUCUCUAGGGCCUUAAGAGUAUGCCCCGCAAAUCUGCAGGAGGAUGUUGGCCGUGGAGUCCACAGGGAACAUCUCUUGGAAAGUCUCAAGGACAUCAGCCUUGCUAUAGAAUUUUGUUAGGAAGCCUCUUUAGCCAUCACUCGUAUGAUUGCUAAAGGUAUGGCCUUAACUGUGGCCUCUAUUUGGGCCCUAUGGCUUCAUUCAUGGGGAGCCGACUAUGCCUCCAAGGCAUCUUUGUGUGGCCUUCCAUUUCAGGGGGAUUUAUUAUUCGGUAAGAUUCUGGAUGACGCCAUACAAAAGGCUGCAGAUGGUAAAAAAGGGGUUUUUUUUGCCACAAGAAAGAAGGAAGACUAAACACUUCAAGGAUUGGUCCUUUUGGGACAGCAGAAGCUAUAAACUAGGAAGGGAGUAUUCUAGAAAUUGCUCUUGCAAAAAAGGCUUCUCUCAUUCAUCAUCCAAUAAGGCUUCCAGAGGGAGAGGAUCUAGAACUUCCGGAAAGAACUUCUGAAGGUCUACCGGCCCAUUCGGGGAUGGUGGGAGGAAGGCUAAGGUUCUUCCUCCCUUUGUGGGCCUCAAAUAUCACAGAUGUCUGGAUCAAUUCUAUCAUAAAAGAAUGUUACAGUGUAGAAAUCUCCUCUUACCCGAAAUCCGCUCUCUUCAGGAAGUCCAUGGUAUUGUCGGGCAUCAAACGAAGAGCCAUGAGGAAAUGCAUCUCUACUCUUAAGGAACAAGGGGUUAUAGAUGAAGUUCCGAAGGAGGAAAGGUUCAAAGGAGUUUACUCCACAGUGUUUUUGGUUCCAAAAACACCAAGGAAAGUGGUGUCUGAUUCGGAACUUUAAGCUAUUCUUGUUCGACCACCUAAAACAAAUAGCGCAUUUAACUCCAACGGAUUUCUUUAGAUACAUGCAACUUAGGGACCAUGUACAACAAACACGAGUGCAGCAGGCUGCUAGGAGACCACAGACCUUCUUUGAGAGGAUAUGCCUCGAAGAAACUGCACAACGAGGCUUUAUAACUAACCUAUACACACACAUAUGUUCAGAAACAGAGGACUGGGGAACCCUAGCAUAUACGGACGCCUGGGAAAGAGACCUAGGGGGAAGUACUAGAGGGAGUGAGAGAAAUAUGGGAAGCAAACACCUCAAUAUCCAUUUGCGUAACCCACCAAGAACAGGCUUAUAAAACAAUGUUUAGGUGGUAAACUACACCCGUGAAACUUCAUAGCAUGAAUCACACACCAUCCAACACCUGUUGAAGAGGAUGUGGUGUUACAGGUACAUACAUCCACAUGUGGUGGGAAUGUCCCCAAGCGCAAUCGUUUUGGGUUAAAAUACAUAACCCGAUCAAAAGAAUCUUUCAUAGGGCGCCACACCUAAAUCCAUGGACAUACUUGCUUAAUAGAUCUUUAGACGAUUGGACGAGGAGAGAGCAGAAACUGAUCCAUAAGAUUACUUUAGCCGCAAGAAGAACGAUAGCAGAGGCAUGGCUACAAACCAAAAUGCCACCAAUCCAGAGGGUCAUUUCCAAUAUAAAAGAGGUAUACCUCAUGGACAGCUUGACUUAGAGGGACCAUGUCUAGUUUUGACAAAUUGUGGGACCCAUGGCAGAAUAGCGAUCUCUCUGAUUAAGGGACAUCUUGGGUUCCCGGAGACAAGAGUAGGGGCUACUUGGGAACACGAAAAGAAAUGGACAUACCCUAGAGGACCCUCUCACAGAGUCAUACUGAGCUGACCUGAUGCAUAACCUUAACCACCUUUCCCCCCUUCAUUAUUUUCCCUCUUCUCACUCUACCUACUUUUUCUACACUCCUUUCUACUAUAGGAUCUUCCUUUCAUCAUACAAUAAUACAAGCUAGCUUAGGCUACAUAAUGUAGUACACAGACCACUGUGGUACGAUGGGCGGAAUACUACCUACCAAACAGCGAAUUAGUUUGAGUAAACUAGAGCUCAUCCUAAUGAAUGGGGAUGCAGAACAUAGGGACCAUAAGGGGACAGCUAAAUCCCAUUACGAAACUCACCCCUACUGCAUCUUACAAAGGGUAUAGAUAAGGAGGACGGGAUGAGCAUGCAGGUUGUAGAUUAUGUUUAUGUUAUAAGUUAUAUAAAAAAAAAACCUUGGCAAGUAGCCAUAUAAGCCUAUUACUACUGUAAUCGUUAGAUAUGCAUUGUCUUAGCAUCUGUAUAACUAUGUUCAAAUAUGUUUGUAACUUAAUAGGCUUUUGCAUAAGCCGUAAUACCUACGUUACAUUGCUACUUUUGUCAAGAUGAAAAAAAUAAAGUAUUUAAAAAGGGGGGGGGAGGGGGAUUGGAUGACUUCUAUAGACUUGAAGGACGCCUACUACCAAAUCCCUAUAAACUGCGAUCAUGUAAAAAUGUCUCAAAUGCUGGGCUCUAGGAAGACAUUUUUAAUUCCGGCCUUCAGUUUGGUCUUAGCUUGGUACCAAGAACAUUCUCAAAAGUUCUUCUUGUCACUUUAAUAGCCUUCAUAAGAGUAAGGGGAAUCAAAAUCUUCCAUUACUUGGACGAUAUCCUCAUGAUAGGUCCAUCCCACUGGAUAGUGGCUCAUCGUACUCUAGUGAUGAUGAGCAUUCUUUGAGAUCACGAUUGGCUUCUGAACAUUGAGAAGAGCUCCCUGCUUCCUUCUCAAAAAAUUGUAUUCCUUGGAGCAGUGAUAGAGACAAUCUCAGCCCAUGUGUUCCUCUCUUCAGGAAGAACCCUAAACAUCCGAGACAAAAUCGGAAGACUACAAUAUCUCGAAAAGGCCUCAGCAAGAGAAGUUAUGAGUCUCCUGGAUUCUCUGACAUCAUCUGUCGGACUGGUGAAAUGGGCCCAAUGGAAGUUUCGCCCUAUUCAAAACUGCUUCCUUCUUCAAUUCGACAGAGUAGAAGCAGAUUGGGAGCAAAGGAUAACUCUGCCCCUGCCGGUAAGAAAAGGGUUGAACUGGUGAAAGGGCAAAAAGAAUUUGGCGACCUGUUUCCCGUUCGAGGAACCUCCUUGGAACGUUAUUACAACAGAUGCAAGUUCUUUUGGAUGGGGUGCUCACUUCAAUUCCACAUGGAAACAAAGGAAGUGGACCCGAGAAAAGAGUUGUCUACACUCACAUUUUAAGGGAACUAAGAGCUAUUUACAGAGCCAUCUUGGAAUUCCUUCUGCUGAUCGAAAAAUCUUGGGUCCUGAUCAAAACGGACAACUGAGCCUCGUAUGUGAACAACCAAGUAGGCACAAGAAGCAGAUUGCUGUUGAAGGAACUAGCUCCCUUGAUGAAAGUGGCCAUGAACAGUCUCCAAGGUCUGAAGGCAAUCUAUGUUCCGGGUUCAGAAAGUGUUACUGCGGACUUCCUCAGCAGAACAGAAAUUCUUGUUGAGAAUGGAGGCUUCAUCCAGCAGUCUUUUAAUGGAUUGCUCAUCGGUGGGGCAUACCCCAGAUCGACCUGAUGGCUACUUACUAAAAUUGUCAGGUAGAGAAUUACUACUCUCUCCGUCCAGACAAUCGGGCCAUGGGCCAGGAUGCUCUAUCCCUUCCUUGGUGGUUCGAUCUGGGGUAUGCGUUCCCUACCCAUGAUACCUACCAAACAGCGAAUUAGUUUGAGUAAACUAGAGCUCAUCCUAAUAAAUGGGGAUGCAGAACAUAGGGACCAUAAGGGGACAGCUAAAUCCCAUUACGAAACUCACCCCUACUGCAUCUUACAAAGGGUAUAAAUAAGGAGGACGGGAUGAGCUUGCAGGUUGUAGAUUAUGUUUAUGUUAGAAGUUAUAUAAAAAAAAAAAAACAUUGGCAAGUAGCCAAAUAAGCCUAUUACUACUGCGAAAGGUUUGGACGUAAGGCAAAAAAGUAAAUGCCAUAAUCCCGAUCUGCCCUCGAAGGCCAUGGUUUCCUCUCUUAACCAUGAUGAGUCAGGAACGGACUUUGCCUCUAACGAUAACGAAGGAUCUGCUGACUCAGGGCCCAAUCUCCCAUCCUCAUCUAGAACACCUCAAGUUGGGGGUGUGGGUUUUGAAAGGGAAAGACUUCGACAAUUAGGCCUUUCGGAAGCAGUGUUCAAUGCUGACUUCUUGCAUCCUCGCAAUACUCAGAUCCUGGAUUUCCUCCAAGAAGGUAUGGACAUGGAACUUAGCCUCAGCACUCUUAGAGUUCAGUCUUCUGCUCUUUCAGCUUUGUGCAAUACCUCAUGCGCCUCGGAUCAUUUGAUCUCAAAAUUCUUUAAGGCAGCUUUCAGGUUAAGACCUCCUUCCAGAUCUGGUUGUCCUCAACUACCUGACAGAUGAUAUGUUUGUUCCCCUUGAAAAUCUGGACACUACUCUUCUAACUUACAAAACUUUUUGUUUUUAAUAGCAAUAACUUCCGCGAGAAGGAUUUCGGAGAUUAAAGCCUUUUCUACCAUGAACUCAUGCUACGGAUCUAUCAGGAUAGGGUAUGUCUAAGACCAAAUCCUGAGUUUCUUCCUAAAGUGGUCUCUCAGUUACAUAUUUAACAAGAAGUGGUUCUUCCAUCAUUCUACCCUAAUCCAGCUUCUAGUGAAGAAGUAAGGUGGCAACGUUUGUUGUUAAGAACUGACUGUCUCAAUACCUCUUCUGUUCAGAGUUGUACAGAAAGAAUGAACAACUAUUCAUUCUACCUUCUGGAGCUAGAAAGGGGGAAGCAGCAUCUAUAUCCACAUUGAAAUGUUGGAUUUCACUGAUAAUCAAGAUGGUUUAUAUCUCAAAUGGUUGGUCUCCUCCAAUGAAGAUGAGAACACAUUCUACCAGAGGAUUGUCUACUUCAUGGGCUAACUGGGCAGAGAUUCCAUACCAUGAUAUUUGCAGAGUAGCCACUUGGUCUUCCCCGACGAUGUUCAUAAAACAUUACUGUGGCAAAACUAGCAUUCAUACAGGAGUUUAACGAACAGUGAAUUUCAACACUGUUCGUGAAACAAAUAAACUACCGAAUGGGCGGUGGUGCCCACACAUAGGUGGUCGUGUGGCGCCCAUUAACCGAUUGCAACAUUGUUGCAAUCGGUAGUUAAGUGCUUUCUUAGGUGGCCAUCGUUCGGCUACCGACCACGCGGCGGUCGGCCAUCUUGGAUCCUUUGUUAGCUCAGCGGUAUUUGGUCGUCGAGUGCCUGGAACUAAAAUCGGCUACUCGAUGGCACGAAUACCGCUGGACUUCCAGGCCGUUCGGGAGCCCCGGGCGUUCAGUUGUUUGUUCCCCUAAUGUCAAUCGGUACUUUGGAUGUAACUUGAAAAUAAUGUGUGUUUCGCGCGGCGUUCGGUUAGUUAUGCUGGGAUCUGAUCGGUAUUCUCACGAACUGUACGCCCAGACCCCAGCUAACAACUAACAUCCAUUAGUUUAAAUAGAGUGAAUAAUGUGAAAGUUAUAGAUUUUUAUGUGAAAUAUUGGUUCUGCUGCACGGAGGGAUAGUCCACUUAACUGUAUAUUCUAGUGGGAGUAUCCCUCUCUUCCAGCAGUGCAUGAUGGGAAAAAUGUCCAGGUUGUUAAGUCCCCCAUGUAGUCCCCUACUGUAUAACCCCUGCAAUGUCAAUAGGGAAACCCCUUGCAUAAAUACUGUGACCUGUGAAUAAAACCUCAGUUGACUCCCAGCCUAUGUGUCGUCUAGUUCUUGGGAGGGAAGGAUUCUUACAACGCUACGGGGAUUAUUGUAUGCUGGAUUAUUUUAUGCUGUUGCUGUUACCCAGCGGAGAUACUGUGGAUUAUACUACCUCUCCGCUACAAUUACAAACUGGACGUGGCCCCUUCUUCUUCCGCCCUUGGGAAGAGUGUUUUGUCUACCGUGUCAUUAUCCCGCUGAUAUUAAAAUAUAAGGUGCUGCAGCAACUAAAGAAAGUUAAUAUAAACAAAGCUCCAGGGCCUGACGGUAUUCAUCCACGAGUAUUUAAGGAACUAAGUGUAGAAAUAAGUGAACCUCUGUUUUUAAUAUUUCAAGAUUCUUUUCUUUCAGGAAAUGUUCCGGUUUGAGGGAAGGCAGAUGUGGUUCCUAUAUUCAAAAAGGGUUCAAAAUCCUUGCCUGGAAAUAAUAGACCUUAACUGAGCUUAACUUCUGUGGCUGGUAAAAUAUUUGAAAGGUUAUUAAGGGAUAAUAUUCAAGAAUUCCUUGAGAAGAACAUGGUUAUCAGCAAAAAUCAGCAUGGUUUUAUGACUCACAGGUCAUGUCAAACUAACUUGAGUGCAUUCUACGAAGAAGUAAGUAGAAGUAUUGAUCAGGGUGUUGCAGUGGAUGUGAUCUAUUUGGAUUUUUCCAUGGCAUUUGAUACAGUUCCACACAACAGAUUAGUGUUCAAGCUCAAAAAGAUCGGUCUAGAUGAAAAUGCUUGUUCUUGGGUAGAACAUUGGCUUAAGGAUAGAGUACAAAGAGUUGUCAUUAAUGGUAAAUUUUCAAGCUGGGCAGAGGUGGCAAAUGGUGUCCCUCAGAGUUCUGUUCUGGGACCCCUUCUAUUUAAAAUGUUUAUAAAUGAUCUUGAAAAAAGCAUUGAAAGUCAUGUUUCAGUGUUUGCAGAUGACACAAAACUCUGUAAAGUAAUACAAUGUAAGAUAUUACUUUGCUGCAGAGGGAUUUAGACUGGAGGACUGGGCACUCAAAUGGCAGAUGAAAUUUAAUGUUGAAAAAUGCAAAGUUAUGCACUUCGGUGUAAAGAAUGCACAAGCAAUGUAUACCCUUAAUGGAAGCAAAUUAGGGAUAACAAUACACGAAAAUGACUUGGGAAUUGUUAUAGACAACAAACAAUGCAACAAUGUGCAAUCUCAAUCAGCAGUGGCUAAGGCCAGUAAGGUAUUGUCAUGCAUGAAAAAGGGCAUUCAUUUUGAGGAUGAGAAUAUUAUUUUGCCUCUUUAUAAAUCACUGGUAAGACCCCAUAUUGAAUAUGCUGUGCAAUUUUGGGCACCUGUUCUAAAGAAGAAUAUUAUGGCACUAGAAAAAGUGCAGAGGUCGGCUACAAAAUUAAUUAAAGGAAUGGAACAUAUCCACUAUGAAGAAAGGUUAACAAAUUUAAAUCUCUUUAGUUUAGAAAAACGUCGCCUGUGAGGGAAUAUGAUAACAUUAUAACAAAUAUAUUUGGAACCAAUACAAACCAUUGUGAGGAAAUCUGUUCACAAACCGAACUUUACAUAGGACACAAGGUCAUGCAUUUAGACUGGAAGAAAGAAGAAAGAAGCCAAAGAAAAUGUUGGGUUUUUUUUUACUGUAAGAACAAUAAGGAUGCGUAAUUCUCUGCCAGAAGAAGUGGUUUUAUCAGAGUCCAUACAGAUGAUCAAACAGCUACUAGAUGCAUACUUGCAGAAACAGAAUAUUCAAGGUUAUAAUCUUUCAAUGUAGGGUAAUCACUACAUUCUUUUUUCUCGCCCAUUCUUUUUUCUUUAUUCAGCUUUAUAAUUGGACUGAGGUGUAGGGGGAGGAGGGACUCUUUAUACAUAUCAGUCUAAUUAUUCCUGUCCUGUGACAACUAAGGAAGGAGAUACCCAUGAAUGAUACUGCCAUGAUUAGCCAGGAAGAGAAAAUUACGGUAUCUUUGUCAUAAAUUUUCUCGAUUAGGAGUGCACAGAAAAUCUUCAGAUUUAACAUAUCAAGACUUUAAUGUCCUGAUUUUUCUAAAAUUAUUUUUCGAAUGUUGGAGACUUGACCUUAAUCAUUACCUCUACGUUUAUAGCCCUGGAUAACAACCGGUCAAAUGCCCUCAAUUUUGUCUCUUGGAAAGUGGUGGGCUUAAAAUUGCCUAUUAAAAGGAAAAUUAUCUUAAAUGCUCUUUGAUCCUCAUGUGGUUUUCCUCCAGGAAACCUACUGGAAACCAACUAACCCACAUGUUUUUGUUUUUUUAAAGUUAGAUGGAUUGGUCAUUGAGUAACCACCUCGUAUAGAUCAAACUCCUAGAGGGUGUCCAUACUCAUUAAUAGAAUCCUUUUUUAAUGCUGGCAUUGUUAAACAAUUUACUGACCCAGAAGGGAGAUACAUUAUAUUGGUAGUAGAUCUGGAGGGAAGAAAUACCUUUUAGUCAUUGUCUAUGCUUUAUCUUGCACUAAAUAAUGGGAAAUUUUGGUUUCUCUUUCAGCCAAUAUUAUAUAGGUGACUCCAACUAACUUCUCAAUAUAGCAUUUGAUAAAUCUGGCUUCUCCUUCAGUUGGUAAAACAACUACACACCCUCUACAUCUGUUGUCCCAACAUCUCCACCUGAAAGAUGUUUGAAGACUAUUUAAUACUAAAGCUAGACACUACACAUGUUUUCUGCGCUCAUAACUCCACUACUAUAUUAGGCUACUUCCAUCUUUUCUCCACCUCACUGAUCAGAAGUUAGGUCUAGCGACAUCCAUAAUAUUAUCAUCUCUGACCAUAACUCUUUCUUUAGCUUUGGUACCUCCUUUUGGCCAGGUUCAGGCAUUGGCAAUCUCAUGCAUAUUUAUUCAUGAAUGACUCUUUUGUUUUGAUGUUAGAGACUGCAUUGGCCAAUUGAUGAAUAACUUUGAUCACUUGAAUAACCUGGUGCUCUUCUGACAAACAUCGAAGAUGGUUAAGAGAAGCCAUAUUAUCUCAUCUGUAUCAAAAUGUUAAAAACAAACUUUGCAAACGAAAUAAAAAUGCAUAUAAGACAAAGCGAAGGGUCAAAAUGUCAAUACCUAACUACUAAAGAACUCUUGGACUCCCUUUUAUUGGAAAAAGAGGGUGUAUAUGUCCAAAUAUGUGUGUCCGGGCUGUCAUUUGUCCUCCUCCACUUUAACUUGUCUUUAGAGCCACUUGUCAGGCUACGUUACACCCUCCUUUUGUUUCUCUGGCAUCCCCAUUGGCAAUUUUACACUUAAAAUGACUGCAUUUGUGGAGGAUAUCCUUUUAUACAAUCUCAAAUCCAGAAGAAACAACCCCUUCCUUCUUAGAUAUUAAUGGCUUUGAUGUUAAUCUCUCAAAAUCACCUGCUUUACCUGUAGGUGCAUAUAAUAAACUGCAAUAGCAGAGGGGACAUAUCAAAUACCUAGGAGUUCUUCCCAGUCAACUCUUGCCUUUACACUAUUAAUAUUACUAGUGACCAUCUCUUGUAUUGACGACCUAAUAAAAAGUUGGGCAUGCUUAUUAAUGCUCAAUUUAUUAGAAAGGGCCUUUUUCCUUUAAAAGUAUCUUUUUUUUUUUUUUUAAACUGUGCCAUUGGGGAGCGUGAGGAGGAGUACAUAAGGCAAUAUUUAGACAACCUAGGGUUGACCAAAUUGAGUGGGGAGGCAGCAAACACUCUAGCGGCAGAUAUUUCAGAAGAAGAAAUAGACAAAGCUAUCUCGAGCCUGAAAGGCAAUAAAGCACCAGGACCAGACGGAUUCGAUGGCUCAUACUACAAAAUAUUCGGAGAAGAGCUGACCCCUCAACUGGUCCGUCUUUUUGAUAACCUACGGCAGGGUGGACAAUUAGACCAUGACAUGUCACCGACGACCAUAGUACUAUUGCCCAAACUUGGAAACGAUCCACUAUACCCGGAAAACUACAGGCCCAUAUCAUUGAUCAACCACGAUCUUAAGAUCUUGGCAAAAAUACAAGCAGACAGACUGAAUCCGUUAUUACACUCUCUUAUUCACGCAGACCAGGUAGGUUUUAUCCAAGGCCGACAAUUGUUCGAAAAUACUAGAAGGAACAUAUACUUGAUUUGGAAACAAGUGGCUUCAGAGACCCCCAUGUUCGUGGUAUCCAUAGAUGCAGAAAAAGCCUUUGAUAGAGUCCGGUGGCAAUUUCUAUUUACAGUCUUAAAGAGUUUGGGCUUCCCAGAGGAAUUCCUAACAAUAAUGAGAACGAUAUAUCACAACGUACGGGCACAGGUACAGAUAUCAGGAGCCCCACUGCAUCCUUUCAAACUAUACAAUGGAACAAGACAGGGCUGCCCACUCUCUCCCCUUCUUUUUGUACUAGCACUUGAGUCCUUGCUUCAAGUGAUACGCCGGCAUCCGAACAUUGCAGGUGUUAGGGUGGGAGACAAAGAGUUUAAAGUGUCAGCCUAUGCGGAUGACGUCCUCUUGACCAUUACGACCCCUCUUGAAUCAAUGGCGGCAAUAAAGGAAGUGAUAACAGAAUUCGGCACAGUAUCAGGAUAUAAAGCGAACAUUCAGAAGUCCAGCGCCCUCCCGAUCUGCCUGACGCAAGCUGACACAGCUAGAUUACAGGAGACCUACCAAAUUUGAAUGGAAACAGACUCACUGAAGUACUUAGGGAUCCAUUUGACAGCGGACCCCGGGCGUCUAUACCCGGCUAACUACGCCCCGAUGCUCAGAGAGUUGAUGGGAGACCUAGACAAGUGGACAGAAAAACCCAUUUCCUGGAUAGGCAGGAUAAAUUCAGUAAAGAUGAACAUCCUCCCUUGCAUAUUAUUUCUCAUUCAGGCGCUGCCCAUCCGAGUCACAAAGACGCAACUGAUCCCCCUGCAAAGAUCUAUAGGAGACUUUGUUUGGCAGAAUAAGAGACAUAGAAUCUCCAAACAGAUAUUAUACAGACGUAAGGAUAGAGGGGGCCUGGGCCUCCCAAAUCUCUACUUCUAUCUAGCGGCUCAAUUGACGCAGAUAGCCAUGUGGCACUCCACACCGGAUGAGAGAAGGUGGGUAGAAAUUGAGUCUAUGAUGGUGGGUGUCAACGUUCCCCAGUUUACGAUAUGGGUCCCCAAGGAACACAGACCGGCGAUACGGAUUACAUGCCCAGCGAUACUCAACUCUAUUCGAAUAUGGGACACAUGUAACACCAAAUACGGGCUGGCAUCAUCCCCCUCCCCCUUGACCCCGAUUCUUAGAAACAGAGAAUUCCCAUCUGGCAUGACCCCCAGAGAUUUUCGCAAUAUAGAAAGAACAGGACUACAACGGCUACAUCAACUCUAUCACAAUGGGGAGGUUAUACAAUUCGCAGAUCUUCAAUCAGGUAAUCACCUAACCCCCUCAGAUUUCUUUAGGUACGUUCAAAUUCGUGAUUUCGCUAAAAAACAACACAUUAAAACAGCAGCCUUAGGGAAACCCACCUUCUACGAGAGGUUAUGUUCGGACGGGGUAGCCCCCAAGGGGAUGAUCACACUAUUAUAUGCACACCUUUGUGAAAAGAAUGGGGAAGAUUGACAUACACUGACCAAUGGGAGACCGACCUCGGGGAGACUCUGGAGGGAGUCGAAUGGCAGGAGAUAUGGGAGGCGAAUGCUAAAGUCUCAAUAUGUGUCACCCUCCAGGAGCAGGCAUGGAAAACUAUGUUUAGGUGGUAGACUACCCCAAUCAAACUACAUAGAAUGCACAAACGGGAGACUGACGAUUGCUGAAGGGGAUGUGGAGCCCGAGGAUCAUACAUCAACAUUUGGUGGGAAUGCCUGAAGCCACGGGGAUCUUGGAGAUCCGUGGAGGAUCUGUUAAGACAGACGUUCGAUAGGCCCCUAAAAAUGGAUCCGUGGAUAUACUUGUUGAAUAGAUCUGUGGACCAAAAGGGAACAGAAAUUAGUACACAAGAUUACUUUGUGUGCACGCCGAGCAAUUGCGACAGCGUGGCUCACACCUGAGGGCCUAGAAUUCACAUGGGUUAUUUCCAGAAUCAAAGAAUGUAGAAUUAUGGACGAUCUAACGGCAAGGGUGAGAGGGACCAUCACGACAUUCCAAAAAACGUGGGAACCGUGGGAUAAUAGUAUAGUGGGCUCGAGUAGAGACUGAGGGCCUCCCACAUCUGGGUAGAAGCCUAAGAUAUAAACACCCUUAUUGAAUGUGACUUGAUUGUCAACAAAGUGGCUGCGAUGCCUUCCCCCCCUCAACCUCCCUCUCCCUUUUCUAACUCUCUAAGCUCUAUCUACCCCAUCUCUUUUCUCUUCUUCUCUCUCUUUGUUUUUGUUUUCUUUUUCCAGGCAAGAUCACACGGUCGGAGGAAUAAUGUAGCUUAAGUACUAGAUUGAUAAGCAAACAUGAAGGCUACUUGAACUACUUAACUGCCUGUCUUUUACUUAAACAUAAAAUACCUCAAUGGACUGCGGGUCCCAAAGGUAGAAAGUGGAAAGCGCUUGCAAUGAUAAGGUUGCAUUGUAUUUCUUUAUAAAGCUAUGUAAUUCAACCGGCUUCCUUAUAAGCCCAAAAGUGAAUAUACACCUGUUACGUUUAUUGUGAAAAUAAAGAAUUUCAGCAAAGAAAAAUAAAGAAUUUAAUAGAAUAGGGAAUUAUAUAAAAACCCUCAGUAGACGGCAGGUACCAACGGCUUUUUAAGGAAUGGGCAUAUAUUGUAUUUGUUGAAUCGCACUAUGUUCCCAAAAAUUAUUUUCAAGUUGGCUUCUGCGUAAGCCCAAAAGUUGAUGUAAACUCGCUGUGUCUAUUGAGCAAAAAAUAAAGAAUUGGAAAAAAAAUUUAAAAAACUGUGAAUCCUCUGCAAACACUUCUAGUUCUAAUAUCUUCAAAUGACCUUCAACCGCCAAAUUUCUUAUUUUCUAAAUUUCUUUGGAACUCCUAAAAAAAAAAAAAAAAACAAGCAACUGAACUUUCAACAGUUCCACACUACAAUUUAGGUUUAUACAUCCCUAAUAUUUUGGACAUUAAACUGGCAGCUAGGUACCGCCAUGCACUGGAUUGAGUCACCAGUAAGAACCUCUACUUCACAUCCACUUUGGAUCAAAACCAAUACCCUGAUAUAGCACUUUCUCAAUUUCUUUUUUUUUUUUUGACAAUCUUUAUUUUUGUUUUAACGAAUACAUACAAGGUAGUAAGCAAGAGUUCAGCACUGCAGUACAAUGGGAAGAUAAUGCCGUGGUACGCCACCAACAGUUGUACAUUGCAUUACAUUAAGCAGGGAGACCCUAGGGCUACUAGCGGGCGUCGGGAAUGCGCGUUUAGGUCAGUUAAUCCGCUAUUAUCAAGGGAAAUGCAUAUAUUACACUGGUAGCCGGUAUCAGAACACGGCUGGUCUUGCGCCACAACCCGCAGAGGUGUCAAUUGUGUGGCCUAGGGUAGUGGAGGCGACACAAAGGCUCCGGUUUUUAUCCUGUCCGACCUUGGCCUAUUUGCUACUUUCCUGUCUACCGCCCAUGAAGUAUUAGUCGGGGGUUAUCCCUGCCCUUAACUCUAAUCUCUUAGUCUUUACUCGUCAGGGAGUAUAUACUGUGUCGACCGUACUGCGACCGUACAUGAUCACUAGGGGAACCGUCAUGAAUCCCAAUAGACUCGCCCACCAGUCACUUCCCGUCAUCCACUGGUCGUGUCAGUGAAGUGCCCCCCCCCCUACUAUGUGGGGGACGGGUCUAGGAGGAUGAAGGUGGUUCCCACUUUUGCCUAAUGGAGACUGUGGCGGGCAGGGGAGUCUGUCAGUCUUGUGUCGCAGUUCUGAGCUGGGUAAAGUCCGUCCAUAAGCAAUCGUCUGGUACAGGCCAAGUUGGCCACCCGGGCCCGUGGCACCCCCUUCGGGCCUCGUCCGUGCAUGUGAGAGGCUCUGAGGGGCAGGGAAGGGCCUGAGGGAGAAGAGGUGAGGAGAAGCAAGCGGGGGGGGGACAGGGUGGGAGGACGAGGUGAAGAGCGUCGUGGCUUGGUCAAGGGCAGGGGGACCCACCACCAAUCUACAGCGCGCGGCCCGCGGCCUGCGCCUCAGGGCGUGCAUUGGUCAGGUCGGCACCCAGGGAUCGGCGUGCUCUAUAGGUAAUCCAGGGGCCCCAUAGUCGGGAACACUGCUCUCCAGUGCCAUGUAAUUCUGCCGUUAGGCUUUCCAUAACAAAGAUGUCUUCUAUCUUAUCCUCCCAUUCCGAGAUCGUUGGCACUAAUUGAGUUUUCCAUUUAGUAGGAAUUAGGCUUUUGGCCGCAUUCAGGAAGUGCUUCGUUAAGGAUUUUUGUAUCUGCCAAUCUGCAUGUCAGUGUGAUGGAGCAGCAUCGGGAGGGGUAGCAGUGGUUCCCAUGAAUUUGUCGCCAGAAGGUGGCUAUAGGAGGACAUGUCCAACAUAUGUGCAAGUCCGUGACGUCUGCCGACCCACAUCUCCAGCACUGGGCCGUUGGCGUGAGACCCAUGUGGUGUAGUCUAGCGGGUGUCCUGUACCAUCCAGUCAGGAGCUUGUAGUUAAGCUCCCUAAGUUUGGUGUCAACAGUUCCCAGGUGUGCCAGAGUAUGGAUCUUCUCCCAAUCGGCGUCUGACAGGUCCUUCCCCGUCGCCUGCUCCCAUUGCGACUGGUAAGGGGCCGGUGGCAGUCGCAUGGCCGUGAGCAAGGCGGCGUAGAGGACCGAGACGCCCCGGGGCAGGUGCGACCUCUCUGCGCACAGUGACUCAAAAUAUGUCAGGUCCCUGUGUAUAAGUUGGGAGCCAGGUAGCGUGCGGCAUGAGUUUCGGAUCUGGUGAUAUCGGAACCGUAGCAGCCCGGUGAUCUGUGCUUGUGACUGCAGGGACUCGAGAGGACGGACCCGACCAUUCACGCACCAGUCUCUCGCCCGGAUUUACCAGUCCUUCCACGUCUUUCGGUGCCAGGUCUCCAGCUAUAUCUGGAUUAAAGACUACCGGCGUCAAGGGGGACGGGCUUGUGGAGAGGCUCAAUUUGAACUGGAGGUUUGUCCAUACCCUCCAUGUCGCCCCGAUCAGCGGAUGUUCCCGGAGAUCCCUAGUUUGUAAGGGGCAGGGGAGCCACACCACCCACGGAAGUCGUCCCGCAGCCUGCGUGCGUUCCAGGUGGACCCAGUGCUUAUCCGUCUGGGGGACAUGCCAAUCCACUAAGCGAAGGAGAUGGGUGGCGAAGUAAUAGGAUUGCAGGUCCGGGAGGCCCACCCCGCCCAGGUGUUUCAGCUGGAUCAGGUGCGUGCGCCUGAGUCUCGCUGUCCCCGUUUUCCACACAAAUCUUCUGAUGUCCGUAUUCAUGGUGUUAAAGAAGUCCUGGGGAAGUCGGACUGGAAUAGUCUGAAAAAGGUACAGGAGCCUCGGUAAAAAGUUCAUUUUGAUGGCAUUAAUUCUGCCGAACCAUGAUACGCAAGACGCCCCCCAUCUCAGCAUGUCGGAGCGUAGUCUAGUUUGUAGGGGCAGGAAAUUAUCACGGUAAAGUGCACUCAGGUCCCUCGUCAACCAAAUCCCCAGGUAUUUAAUACGGUGCGGGCACCACUUGAAGGAGAAGUUAGCUUGCAACUGGGGUAGCAGGUCCGUUGGCAGAUGCAGCGGGAGCGCCUCGGAUUUGUCCGUGUUUAGUUUCAAAUUGGACAGCGUGCCGUACGUCUGGAAGGCCCUAAGGAGGUUCGGCAGGGUGACCAUUGGGUUCUCGACAAAAAAGAGUAGGUCAUCGGCAUAUGCUGCCACCUUGUGCGUCCUGUCUCCUAUUUCGACUCCCGCAAUGCUCCCGUCUUGCCUGAUGGGCUCCAAGAAAGGCUCCAGCGUCAGGGCGAACAGGAGGGGGGACAGGGGGCAUCCCUGCCGCGUGCCAUUCCGAAUCUCGAAGUACGGGGACAGGGAGCCAUUGAUCCGCAAGCGGGCCCUCGGGUCUGUAUACAGGGCCAAAAUCCAAAGCAGCACGUGUGGGCCGAACCCCAUGGCCCGAAGGGUUUCACGCAUGAAUUGCCAGUCCACCCGGUCAAACGCCUUUUCGGCAUCGGUGGAGAGGAGGAGGCUACCGCUGGCAGAACUCCGGGUGGCGUGGAUGAUGUUGAGGGCUCUGACUGUAUUAUCCUUGGCCUCCCGGCCCGGGAUGAAGCCCGUCUGGUCCGGAUGCACCAGGCUGGCGGCCACCCGGCCCACCCGAAGGGCCAGGAUUUUAGUAAAAAGCUUGAGAUCCGAGUUAAGGAGGGAGAUGGGUCUAUAGCUAGUGCAUGCGGCCGGGUCCUUCUCUUCCUUUGGGAUGACCGCCACUGUCGCCAUGAGGGUGUCCCCCGGGAACCUCCCCCCCUCCAGAAUAGAAUUCAGUCCUGUUAAGAGUUCGGGCAUGAGGAUAUCCCUAAAAUGCUUAAGGUACCUUGUGGGGAGGCCAUCCGGGCCCAGUGCACUGUUGAGCUUAGUGGCCUUAAGGGCCCCAUGGCGCCUCCAUGGGUCCGAAGUGUAGUGAUCUGUGACAACCUCCUCUUCUUUUGUAGCAUUUUGGCCAACAUGCGACCACAUUUAUUUGAGUGUUCAUAAAGGUACCUGCGCGAUUUACGUAGUGUAUGAGUUAAUUGUUGUGUAAGGAGCUUUUUGAGGUCCCUACGUGCUUCCAUUAAAGCCUGGUAAGCGUCUUCCGCCUGUGUCUCCCUAUGUUCCCGUUCCAGUUGCGCGGUACGUGCGUAGAGCUCCGCCAGCCGUUUGUGGUGUUCUUUUGCGCAUGGUGCAAAGUUUGAAGAAAUGGCCCCAGACUACACAUUUGUGCGCAUCCCAUCUCGUCAAUGGAGAUAUCUCUGGGGUGGUGUUAGUGUCAAAAUAGUGGCGCAGCACUUCUGCCGUCUCUGCAGUAACCAGCAGGUCACCCAGUACUUGUUCAUUAAGCCUCCACUGCCUGCCAGUGGGUUUAAACAAGGGGGAGCGGUUCGUGACCAGGAUCGGGGAAUGGAGCACUUUCUCAAUUUCUACACCAACCUUUUACUUACCAAUAUAGGUUUAGAAUAAUCCUCUCUUGCAUUCUACCAUUCAGGGUUGGAAUUCUGUUAGAAUUAAAUUAAAGCUGGCCUGGCAAUAUUCUCAUUUAUUUAUUUAUUACUAGUAUUUAUAAAGUUCCAACAGAUUUUGCAGCGCUGUACAAUAUAAACAGACAAAUACAAGAGGUAGAGAGAGCCCUGCCUGUAAGCUGAUAUCUAACCACUGAAGCUCUUUAAUACAAAGUGCUUAGCUAGAUAGCCCGUGAGCAUACAAUCUAAAGGAUACAGUGGGGAUUUGAGACAAAAGGUAGCAGGGGAAAAUUGGAAGUGAUACUUAAAAGAGUUAACUGAGAGAAGCAGCUAUUGGUAAAAUAUAAAGGGAAUGAAGAGGUAAUUGAGUGAGAAUCUCUAACAGCUGGAGGAGCAUGCUAUAUAUUUAGGGGGAACCUAGUUGGGUGGGAAGUGGUGGGGGGAAAAUGCAGAGCUUCACUAUCGCUGUUUGCGAUGAGUGUGAGGUGAGGCCUGAAGAAUGGAGAUGGAAUAGUUAUAUGAAGGUAUUUACAGCCAGGAGAAGCCUAGGAAGGAGGGGGUAGAGUAGCCAUGUGUUGUAUACAAUUGAAAAGUUUAGCAACCAAAUUCUAUCGCCCAAAAUAUUAAUAACUGUAUAUGAAAUAUUGUUUAGAAACAUUAAAUGACAAUAAUGAAAUCUGCAUGCACAGAAAAUUACAGUGGAUAAGUACAGGUAUAAUUAGUAACAAUUCUAUAGUAACACAUGAUAAUAUAGUAUCAAUGUAAGAAUAAAUGAGGUGAAACAUCUUCCAAGCUUAAAGGAACACUAUAGGAUCAGGAACACAAACAUGUAUUCCUGACCCGCUGGCUCCACCCCCUUUGUGACAUCCUUUUUUUUUUUUAUAUUUCAGACGUAUACCUGGCUUAUGUAUUUUACCUGGUGCUUCUUGUAUCUAGCCUAGGCAUUCUUGUCAUCAUAAAAAUCUACUCCCUUGGUCCCUCCUAACCAACCCCCUUCCUCAUCUCUGUAUUGAUAUAUUCUCUUCUUUGUUUAAUAGAUUUAUGGGUAUAAGAAGAGAGAAAACAGAGUAAGUGGUGUGCUUUAGCUCUAGUUCCUCCCACCCCAACUCCCCCUCUCCCUCCCCCCUUUAUUAUUUGCCCGUUACAUGGAAUCUUCGGGAUCCAUAUGAACUUCUACACCGUUAUGCCGGUUCUUGAAUUAUGGAUUCCAAUUUAUUUAUCCAUGUGUCCCAGUCUUCUAUCUGGGUGUAUCUGUUUCCUAUGUUCAUUAGUAUACCCCUUUCCAUUUUCACUUGCCAUAUAACUUGAGUAAUUAAUUAUUGGAUGUGUAGAAUUGUCACUGUUUUCCAAUUACGUGCUAGUAGGAGUUUAGCUGCUGUAAUGAUAUGUAUUGUACCAUUUGUUCUUUUUUUUUUUCAUUUUGGGCCACUUUAGGUUUAAUAAAACUACUUCAGGUUUAUCCUAUUUUCAUUCCGCUUGUUUGAUAAAUUACCUUCAUUACAUUCUUCCAAUAUUGACUUAUAGGAGCGCAAUGCCACCAGCUGUGGGUCAGAUUACCUUUAUUAAUGUUGCAUUUCCAACACCUGUCUGAGGUCUCUGGAAAUAUUCUAUUUAGACACUUGGGUGUCAAAUACCAUCUAUUAGCGAGUUUGAAUUGUGUUUCUGUGAGAUUUAGGCAAUGUACAUGUUUACUUUAUUUAGGGAACCUAUCCAUUCUUCUUUUUCUAUAGGAACAUGUAGUUUUUUUCCCCAUUUAUUAAUCAAUCCUAUUGGUUUAUCAUGCCUCUAUCCAUAUAUUACUUUGGUGCAUUUUGCCAAUAGAUUUUUAUAAUUCUUUAGUUCCAGAAGAUGUCUGAGUUUUAGAUUUUUCUCCUCCUUGUUCUUGGAUAAAUAUUCAGAAAUGAAGCCCUUGGUCCUCAGGUAGUUGAAGGUUUAAUUCCUGGAGAUGUUAAAUUCCUCCAUAAUUUGCCAAAAGGGUUUGAUUUUGUUCUCCACCAUUAUAUUUUUGAAUUCCCUGAUCCCCCAAGUUUUCAUAGAGAAUGGAAGCACUUCUAUUAUUUUAUUUCUAAAUCCUAUAUUGAAUGUGAUUUUAUCCCACCAGUUUGUUAAUUCUUUGAGUAUCUGUGAUAUGCUCCGUGCGUCCUCAAUCGCUUUUUUGUUCAGAUCUAAAAUCCAAACUAAUGACAAAUUGUCAUGGGGGUGGGGCCAAAUGCCAUUUUGGCCAAUCAGGACCAAAGCUGUAGUUGUUCUGGUGACUUUAGUGUCCCUUUAAGUCAGUACCGGGAGUUGUGGGAGUUUCUGCAAGAUGUUAAAUGCAGAGCUUUACUAUCGCUGUUUGCUAUGAGUGUGAGGUGAGGCCACUCUCACCUCAUACUCUUUCAACACCCUUUUUGACUUAAAGUGGCACUGUUACCGUCUUGGGACUUUGCCGAAUUCCAAAGUCCCCAUAUGGUGACAUCUCCGCUGGUUUUACGGUGGACACGGGGAGCAGGUAAGAGAGAGAUUACUUGCCUGUAUCUAUCCCUCAUGGGUGCAGCCAACUUGGUUGCGCUGAUCCUUUUGAACUGCGCCAGGAGCCGACGUAACAGCUUUACUCUCGCGCAUUCACGAGAGUACAGCAUUGACAUCUAUGGUAGAUCCCGCAGGACCGCGCCAUACUCCAUAGACAUAGUCAAUUCAUUGCAGCCUUCACUACUGACAGCUGCAGGUCUUGACACAUAGGCUCCAUCUUGGCGGAGGACAAAUACAUAGAGAAAGUAGUCACUAUUCUUUGCAUAUCUAUUGACUGGAUUGGAAUUUCAGUGAAAUUCCAACACAGUCACAAUUAGUAUUUCAUAAAGAAUAUAUCUUUAUUAAAUACUAAUUUUUAAUAUGGGAGUGACAGUGCAGCUUUAAGAUUAGGAGUCGCCCCUUGCCUCUAGUUCAUUGUGAGGGGGUGGAUUUGAGGACGGUCUUGGAUAAGUUGAUCGAAACUGAGGCUCCAACUAAACCUCUGUUGAAAAUCAAGCUUUCCCACACUUUCCUUAUGGAUUACAGACAUCCCAACUUUUAAAAAUGCAUUUCAGGGAGGUGGCUUCAUUAGCUACAGCGCGCUCCCUACGCACGUUAAUUGGAUAGAAUUAAUGUCACGCAAAAAUGAAAUUCUUGCAAACCUGCCAAGCAUAUACUAAUUCAUUGUAUGAGGGCAUGUGCAUGACCUUAAAAUUGUUCAAGCGUACAAAUUGGCAUCUACACAGAGUUUAAAAAGGUCACCUGCCUAUUAAAUAAACACACAACCUGUAUUUUGUACCACAAGAGCUAGUUCGGAGAGGGAUUUGGGGUGGGAUGGGAUAAGGGUUAUUUUUAGUUUUGGCUUUGUUUUGUUAUAAAUGCAGCUACAUUUUAUCUAUUCAUAUCCUCAAAAACCUGACAACACAUUUACUCACUGUACUUCUUGUCUAAUGAAAAUUAUGCCUCACUAAACCCUGAUUAAAGAGUAGUUGCAAAUAAUGAACUGGCAUGUAUUUUUUUGUUUUUUCAGACAGUACCCGCCUGUGUAUUCUACUGCAAUUCCUGCAUCUCGGGCCUUGGUACAUUAGUCAUCAUCAAUGUUUUUUUUCCUUUCUAAUCAAUCCACAUAUCUUAUUAUACUCUAUAAAACAUUGAUUUCGAACUGGCAUGUAUUUUCCUUUAGCGCAUUCUAGAAAGAAAAAUUUUUUUUUUAUCUUUCUAAAAUUUGGAUGUCCUUGCAAAACAUAGUUAAAAAGAAGCUGCUUUACAGGACUAAACUGGCACUACCCUAAACUACCUUGCUUCAUCUACUAUGAAAAAAAGAAACCACAAAUCAAAUAACUAAAAUGUUGGACAGAAUAUAUCUGCAGUGGUUAAAACUACUGAAAGAUCAUUUCUCAUAUCCACCAGCUGUUUGAGUCAAUAGCUAGCUUAAUUUUUUAUCAGUAAGAUAAGAGGACCAUUUAACACAAUGAUAGUUCAUGGUGUCAGUGUUCAAGCAUCAGGCAAUGAAAAACUGACAGACAACCCAAUUGAAAGAUUUUUAAAGCCAUCCUUUUUAAAGUUCAAAAUUGGUCUAAUUCUGCAAUAACUUGACAUCGAUUAGUUGAUAAUAUCAAAAUGCACUUUCAUGAUGAUUGGUCCAUGAUAGUGGUCACAGGAUUGGUCAGAACACAAGUCACUAGUGCACUAGUCACUCCUCCAUGCAUGUGAUUUACACAGCCAUAAUAAACACUUCCUGUAAAGAGAGUUCUAAUUUUUAAACUUUCUUUAUUGCACAUUCUGUUUCAUUUAUCAUUCCUUGCCUCUAUUAAUAGCCUCCUACACCCCACAGGAGUUUCCUGUGUGUGAUUAAAGUUCAAUUUACAGGGCAGGUGAUAUAAACGUAUAAAUCAAGUUAACACCUGAUUGAAAAUUAAACUAUUUUUUUCAUGCAGGCUGUGUGAGUCAUAGCCAGAGGAGGUGUGACAUGGAAUGUGUGGACAAAAAAAAAAGUGAUUUAACUCCUAAAUGGCAGAUAAUUGAGCAGUGAGACUGCAGGUGCAUGAUUUAUUCACUAAAACUAUUUAAUUAAGAUAAAGUUGUUUUGAUGCAUAAAGUAUCCCUUUAAAUCUUUAUUUUGUGUUUAAAUACAUUGAAUGUAUAUGUCUCAAUGCUAGUUCCAGAAAAGGAAUUGAUUCUACAGGUAUAUAGUUGCAAGAGGUUUCUUAAUUUAAGGCUUGACUCACAAAUCAUAUCAGGAUCUGAAAGUCAUAGCAGGUAGUGGAAAUGUGGCCGCAAGCAAGAUUAGAUGUUCGUUAAGAGCAAUUUUAGCACAAAGCACAUUCUCUGGAUCAACUUUAUAUUUAUCACAAUGUUUCAAGUGGCUGAAGAGAAUGUAGUUUUAGUCAAUGGUGCUUGGGACAGAUAAGUAAUGUAAAUUAACAGGUUACUCAACGCAUCAUAACCACUACAGCCACUGCAUUUUUUUGAACCAAUAACAGUGAGGGGAGCAGCAGUUGCUAAGGAGACAGAAUCCUAGCAUGGAUGCAUUCUAAAACUUACCCUAUGGCUCUCUGUUCACAACAGUUAGCUUAGAAACCAUUUAGCUGUUAAUGAUUGGAUUAAAGAGCACAAAAACCACAAAAAGCAAUAUAGGUGUCAUUGGCCUAGAGUGAAUUAAAGCCAAUCUGAGUUUGUAGCUGGUGGGUGCUUUGUGAACUAUGGCACUAUGUGAAUCCUCAUUUCCUCUAAUGCUGCCCUCUCCUGCUUGAGGUUAUGACAUUGGCAUUCACAUAGGAAAUGCAGUCCUGUUUGUAGAUCUUGCAAGUAUCAGAAAUGUGAAAUUUUGACCAGAAAUUUGAUCACCCAAUGCAGGACAUUGUGUGUUAGCUUUAUCUAAACCGCUAACUUCAAUGAAAACUGGGGCUUUUGGCAAUAAUGUUCUGGCUAUGGGACAAUGGUGAAUACUGGCUAUGGGACUAGAUGGACAUAAGAUAAGACCAAGUGACAAAAAGUUAGUUGGAUCAGUGGUCCAAGAGGUAGUCACUCCAGCAGGAAUUUAACAACACACCAGGUCACUUCUGCAAUCUUACACAGAGAUAACGCGUAAUAGUGUAACUAUGAGCAGGUAUCCGCAAACAAGGAUUCAGGUAGAUCACAUAACCAGCAUAAACCUAUUAAUCAACCAGCAUUCCAAUGACGAUACAAGAACCACUGUACUGAACACAAAAGUGGGUCAUAUUACAAAGACAUUUUCCUACGUAAAGUUCCUUGGAACAUGCAUGGAUGGCAUUUUACUUUAUGCCUCCAUAUUUGGGAUCUCAAAUUCUUUUAAAUAAUUUGCUGCCCUAGUCUGCACAACGCAGUGAAGGGAAACGUCAGGGUGGCAACAACAAGUGGGGCAGAAUCCAGCAGGGUCACAUAGCCUGAUGAGUCCAGUUUUGCAGUGGUUUAUGUUCAUUCUUUCAUCUGUGAUGGUUUUGCAUGUUUUGUUUAAUUGUUUUGCUUCUCUUAGAUGUGUCUUUAAGCACUUAAUGAUUUGGUCCCAUCUAACUUUGCAUUCUAUUUUGGAAUAUUAUAUAUGUGGUGUACUCAACCAGUUGACUUGCAUAUGUCUGUUAUUUCCUGUAAAAUUUGAUAAAUUCAGUUUUAUAAAAAACAUAUAAUUUAGAGUGGUUCUGUCACUCCUGUGGUCUUUACAUAUUUUGCAAAGAUCCCAGAUGGUGACAGCUCUGCUUGUAUGCUGGUGGCCGAAAAAGCAUGGGAAGGUAGUUUUUACUUACCAAACCUUUUCCUUGCUGCCACUGCCCAUCCUUUUUCAUCAGGUCCUCCAUCUCCUGGCACUUCAUCUGCCAGAAGCUGACAUCACUACUGUAAGACUACAACACUGAAAUCUAUCGAGGAUCCUCAAUAGAAAGAACAUUUUUUCCCAUCACCUGUCACUAGUGACAGCUAAUGGCUUGACACAGCUUUACAGCAGUAGCUCUGGCUUUUUUUCAAGCAUAGGAAAAAUACAAAAGAGUAGCCCCUACUUUGUCUUGCAUCUUUUGACAGGGUUGGAAUCUCAUUUAAAUUCCAACACAGGCUUUAUCAGCAUUUCAUAAAGAUUAAUUUUUAUGAAAAUGCAUUUUUUUUUUUUUUUGGUGUAAAUUACUGCUCUCGCACACAACACAUCUUCUAGAUUGUUGUAACAUAAAGGGACAAAAGUUAGUUUCUUUUUCUGUUCAGGAAAAACUUUUUGUGGAACAUACUCCAUCUACUGGUAGAAUGGGUUAAAUAUUUUCACUUAUUUAAACAUUUGAAGGUAUUGUUUAAGCACCAAAACCCUAGAGUUUUUUGUAGUCAUUAUGGUUCAAGAUGACUUUUGGUGAAGUUUCUCAGUUUUAUUUUAUUCACAAAGUUGUUUGUUUUUUUUUCUUCAUCUUCAAGCAUUUUGACAAAAACUUUGGCACGUAAAGCUUUGCUUCUGCUAUAUUUCACUUCCAUGUUACCACUACCAAUUAAUUAAGUUUGACAGCUGCUAUCCAAUAUGCUGACCACUAACACAAAUGGAAAAACUAGAACAAAAAUAAAUUUAUUCACUAAGGUGUUAUUUGUCAGAAAUACAAAGUGACUUUUAGGUCGAAAUAGCUGAAUUGGGAAAAAAUCAUCUAUGGCUUAAAAUGUAAAAAUACAAAAUGUACUUAAUGAAAUUGGGAAGCGUAGCUAAGGCUGUGAGGGUUUCAAGGUCUCAAACUGCUUUUAACUCAUCUUGUGCCAUUCGAAAAAGAACUAGGGCCAUUUGCAUAUCAGACUGAUCCCACCCAAAAUGGCGGUCCAGAACCGAAAUGCAGGCCUACUUUCUCUGCACGAAAGAUACAGCAACCCCAGACUAUUGUAUCGGCCUUGUUAGGCCUGGUCAGUGAGGUAUAGUCAAUACCCCUCUAGGCACCGUUAGCAGGGGGUCCACGCCUUGAUUAAACUUUAAACUUGGGGGGGGGGAGCAAUAAACAACAAUUGUUCUAGGUUGCUGUAUUUCUUGUGCAGAGAACUUGCCAGCAGUUCCCUUUUGGACUGCCCUUAUGAGUGGGAUCAGUCUGAUAUGCCUUGGAAAAGAUUUUCUCUGUAAUGGCACAAGUGAGCAAAAACUAUUUUGAGACCUGAACAGGGAUUUACCGAAGGGCAAGCUACUUAGUUUCUCUAAGCUUUUGUCCAUCCUCAUUUUUCAUAUUCUCUGUUUUCAGGUUUUAGUUAAAACGUGAAGAAAAAUUGCAUUUGUCUACACUAGAAAUUUUUUUUGUUUUCGAUGCAGUAUGAUAUUGGCUAUACCAUGGCUAGUCAACCUGGUCCCUACUGGCCACUAGUGGGCGGUUUGAGAUUUCAGGUGGGCGGUGGUGGGUUCUGUAGAAAACUCCCGGUGGGCCUAGUUCCAUUCAUCUCCAGUGCCGGCCCAUGCAGAGCCAGUCUUGCUGUAAGCCUUCUUGAGCUGGUGAUGAGAUCAAAAUGUUCCACACUGGCCCGCUGGCACUUAGUUCCAGCAGAGGGAGGGAAGGGUCUAGGAGCCUCUGUGUUCCUCCCACGAGCAGCCUGGUCAGAUCGUUGCCGUGCGUUACCGUGGCAACGCUACAAUACAGUGUGGUGCUUGCAGAAGGACAGGAAAGACCGCCUACAACCAGAGGAGCAGCAGGCCAAAGUGAACAUGCCACCACUGGAUCACCAGGACUUGCAUUAUGUCCCACCUUGCUGGUAAUAGGUAAGAAGAUUUUCACAUCUCACCCACCUACACACAGCAUAGACCCUAUGCACCCUUCACAAACAAACACACACUACACCCUUCACACACAGACACACACACAGACUGCCCCAUCCCAAACUACACCCCUCUCACACAGAAUGCCCCCUUACACACACACACACUACACUCCUCUCACACUGCACCCCUGACACACACACACACAGAGCAACCCUAACAAACACACACUGCAACCCUCACUCACACACCGCCCCCUCACACAUACUACAUCUCUCAAACACACACACACCCCACCCCAACCCACAGACACACAUAGAAAAAAGUGGAAUAGUAAAUAGAAAAAAUAGAUAAAUUUAUGUACAUAUUUCUCCUUUCUAAAAAAAAAAAAAAUCAUACUUGCACUAUAAAAUUAGUUACUGCGGCAGUGGUGGGCGGUAAGGAAAUUUUACCAUCAACAAAGAUACAAAAGUGGGCGGAAGGUAUUAAAAGGUUGACUACCCCUGGGCUAUACAAUAUUUUUCAACAGUUCCAGUUUAGAUAAGACAAACCUGGGCAGGUUUUGGUCUCUUAAUCUGCUUUCCAGGGUUUGUUACCUUGUGAAUUUUUUGGGGGGCGCCAGAGAAAUAUCUCCAGAAAGCACAACCAUCUCAUUAGAUGAACUUGCACUAUGCAAACUGCAAUGAGGCCAUUUAACCAUUAAAAGGAGCUUUUCGGGAAGAUCACAGGGUCCCUAAUUGAAACUUGAGGAAACCGACUUCUCUUAUAGCAGCAAAAUAAGUUAUUUACCAUAAGAUCCAUAUGGAUUUAAUGAAUUUUUGUUGUCAAAUCCAACAGAAGAGUAUUAUAAUAUAUAGAGUAAUAAUUUAUAUAGGGAGGUAUCUGAUCUCCAUUUUGGAAAUUGCAAUUAGAUGGACCAAAAUUAGCCUAAAUUUGUAGUGUCAUGUUAAUUUUUACUAAAGUAAAGUAUGAGUCAUGUUAUUCAAUGUUGUUGUCCUUGUAUAUUUUGCCUUUGCUGGUUUGAUUUUAUUCUGAUCCUGCCAUUGUCCCUGUAUAUGACAGAAUCCGUUGUGUUAUAUUUUAAAUUGUGCCAUAAGAUGCCAAACAAAAAGUAAAGAUUAAGUGGGGAUAAUACCAUCACAGAGUGAUGAUGAUUGCUGUUCCCUUUACAUCGAGUAAAAUGACCGAAACUGAUAUUGUAUCAACUAGAGCUAGGUCUGUAGUGGCUUUCUUGUCUAGCUUGAGUUUUGGAAUUCUGGAUAACUGUUGUUCUGACUGUAUAUCUUAACAAUGGUAAAUCCUGUCUUUCUGAGCACUAAAAUUCUGGUUGGUAUUACCAGCUUACAUGUGAUGACUCUGACUAACCUUUUGAAAGAACUUGCCCUGCUAACUUGGUAAUUUCAUACCCACACAGCAGCCGUUGGGAAACAGGGUUCCUUUCAACUGACCAGACAACAAAGCAUAUGUACAGCUGAUUAAUUUCUAAAUUACAUAGUAACCUUAUUAUUAUUAUUAUUAUUAUUAUUAUUAUUGGAUUUAUAUGGCGCCAACAAAUUCCGUAGCACUUGCUGCUGUUUUCAAUAUAUGAGAUAAGCUGUGACUAUCUACCUGGUGACUCUCUCUAGUUUAGUUUUUGCCUGUAUUGGGGCUUAAGGAACUUAAUAGUGUUAGGAAUACAAACGUGUAAUCCUAACACUAUAGUACCCUUUGCCACCCCCUCCCAUGUGGCCCCGACUGGCUACAAAUAAAGGUUUAAAAAUCCUUUUUCACUUACCUACUUGAUCCAGUACCGAUGUCCCUUGGUGCUAGUUUGGGCUCUUUCUCUGCCAAUGUCAUUUUGGGAACUAGAGGCAGUAUUAACCCUACAAUACAGACAUAUAGUUUUACAUUGCAGGGCCAUGGGGACAAGGACACUACACCCAGACACCUUCAAAUAGAUUAACCUGUGUGCGUCAAGUUUUCAACCUUGGUUAUAUGCUAUGUUUUAGUAGAGUUGACAUGGUGAGUUUUGAAUACUGUAUUCAUUUUCUUGCGGUCCUGCAGACCAUGAUCUGCCCUCAGCUACCUAUAUUGGUUAUGCAAUUGUCUUUAGUGCUGUUACCACCCAUGAUUCUUUCAUUACAGUACUUCUAUAGGCGUGCGCAGCCCAUUGCAUAAGGGUGUGCACCCUAAAGCACAAACACACAUGCCGCAUAUUAAUUAUAUAUAUAUAUAUAUAUAUAUAUACACACACACACACCACACACAUACAUAUACAUACACACACUAGUGUGUGUAGGUGCUGAGGCUGUGUGUGAAGGCGCUGUGUUUGUGGGCGUUGGGUGUGUGUAGGCACGUUGUGUGUGUGUGUGUGUGUAAGGGUUGUGUUUGUUUGUGAGGGUGGUGUGUGUGUGGGCAGUGUGUGUGUGUGUGAGGGUGCUGUUAGUAUGUGUGUGUGUGUAUGUGUGAGGGUGCUGUGUGUGUGUAAGGGUGCUGUUAGUAUGUAUGUAUGUGUAAGGGUGAUGUAUGCGUGUAUGUGUAAGGGGUGAUGUAUGUGUGUGGGAGCUGUGUGGGGUGGAGUUGGGGGGAGCAUUUAGUAAAUAUCCCCCCUCCCUUCUUACCUUUUUAUAGGGAGGGGGGACCGUGCUGCUUCCAUCACUUUCGCGAGAUCUGGGCGUUGCCGCAGCAACUGUCAGAUCUCACGAGAGGAACCCGGCAGAGCUGCUGGCUAGAGCUCCCCGGGUCCCCUCCUGCCUCCCUCCAUGCUGCUGUUGGCCGGUGAGGGAGAUCUUUGAUAUCCCUCACCGGCCCACGGAGGGAGGCACAUAACGCAUGCCGUGUGGAUUAGGGUGUGCCCAGGCACACCCUGUGUGCACACCUAUGAGUACUUCAGAUAGAUGUUGCCCAUUAUUGUGCAGCUCAUCUGACUUUUUAACCCAUAUGUCAAGGAUGGCAGCAAUGGUCACUACUCCCUACCUUCAACGACACUGCUGACACAGUUUAGUUUGAAAGGGAGGUUAAAUGUUAGCCACCGAGUGAGAGACUUUUUAAAGUUUAUUCACUUUUAUUUACUAUGGCAGAGCUCCCUGUACCCCAGCUGGGUACCUCCACCAAGGACCGCUUCCUAACUGGAACAGGGGAAAACCUCAGCGCUUCUGCCCCAGUCGCCGUGGCUUGACUGGGGUCCUCCUGAAGCCUUUCUGUCCUGGAGCAGGAUAGGGGACUAACACUAUUCCCUCACAGGGACUGGAUGACACACAGUCCUGGGAGCUGUAGCCCUUAAAAGGACUUUCCCCGCCGAAUCCUUCAAGAGCUGGAGCAAGGUGCUGUGCAGUGAUUAAAGCCCUUCCCCUCCCAAUAACUAGAUAUGGUACAGUCACGUUAUACACAGACCCCCAGCAGGGGGUCUCCAUACAAUUACACACAAACUCCUCCCCUGUGCCUGGGAGAUAAUUGAGUCAGGAACUGUACAAACUCAAUUAUCUCCCAGGUACAGAAAAGCAUACAAUUUUAAAACACCCCAAAAGUACAUUUUAAUAACCUCGGAAUCCCAUGCAGGUAAUAUCACCGAAUAGCUUGGAUCUGAGCGCACACUUUGCCGAAAUAUCACUCAGAUCCCUUCAUUGGUUUCUUUCCCUUAGAGCUACUACAUGAGCGCAGUGGGUGGGAAGGCAAGAAAAGAACUAGUGCCAAUACGCAAUAUGAAUGAGAGCCUACUCCAACUGCAUUUCUCAUCUGGGGGAGGUGUCAUGGCAAGGGUACAUAAUUCAUUGUUGCACUAUAGAAUACUGCCAUUUAAUGUAAUUUGUGUAGUACAUAUAUGAACUUGCUGCCUGGUAGAGGUGGUAUUGUCAAUUUCAAAAGGGGUUAAUUUGAUUGUAUGGAAGGUCAGACCUUACAACCUAAAUUCCUUUUUGCAGCUGGGCCCCCAACAGAGCUACUCUGGAAGGUGUGAGAAGUCACACAUAAGUGGCCUAGAAGUCUGGUUUCAGUAUAAACUAACUCCCUCAUUUGUCAUAUGUCUUGAUUCCCUCUUAGAUAAGGAGUCCUUUGAUAUGAACAAGCCUUGUUUCAAUAACAUAUCCAAAAGAGACAAUAAUACCUACCAACAGAUUAAUACUCAAGCCUAGGUUUUAUCAUAUUUAGAAUGGGACAAGCACAAUCUUCUAAUCAAGCCUAAACAUGAUUUGCGAACAAGGAGACCCCACAAACAAUACAUUGUUAAAUAGCCCUGAUCUGAGCGCCCAAGUUCUCCAAAUAGCUCUCAGAUCCAUGCAGUGUAGGGAAAACGCCACCGUGUUAAAGUUCUGCUUGGCUGCACCCAUGGUCCUAUGCCUAAAAUAGUUCCAGGGCGUUUGGUGCUUUUGCCGGGUAAACUUUUUGGGAGCUCCGGCCUGGCUCUUAGGUACCGUUUGUUCCCCUUAGUCUCAGGCACCCGGGGAAAGCUACUAAUGGCGGCUGGGGAGGGUAACUCCCAAACGGUGUCCCAGACCUGGACCAUAGUCGGUGGGCAGGAGGCCAUCUUCUAUACUCCUCCAGGAAUCCAUGACAAAUGUACGUGGGAAGGAGCGUUUGUCACAUUUACUGACAAUUCACACUUGAGUAAAUGUAAAGUUUAGGCCAAAAUAGCUGAUCUGUAAACAAAGUUGAUUCCCCCCCCCACAUCCCCCCUUAGCUAUUUUGAAAUGAAGCUUGAAUUCCGUUAAAUUCACACAUUUAAGGGAAUUUCAUUAACCCCUUAACGUGGCACUGUCACCUCUACUCCCUCCUCACAAAAUAAGUCAUUCAUGGAGAUAGGAUCUUUGUGAAAUACUCAUAUUGACUGUGUUGGAAUUUCACUGAAAUUCCAACUUAGUCAAAAGAUACACUGUAUCUAGUAGUAUAGACUACUUUGUCUCAUUAUUUUCCAAUGCCUGGCAAUGCUUGACAAUGGGCAGAGCCGUGUCAAGCCCCCAGCAAAGAAAUUAGGUUUUUCUACGGAGGGUCUCGUGGGAUCCUCCAUAAACCUCACUGCUCUACUGUUGCACAUACGGGAGAGUAUAGCAGUGACUUUGGCUUCUGGCAGCUGAAGUGCCACGAGUAGAAAUGUGUAAAUGGUAGUGGAUUCAACGCUUAGUGUCUCAAUAGAAUAGUGGAAAGUAUAUAUUAGUAUAGGCCGCAACCUAAAAUUAAGACGUUCUCUCACAGUACGUCAAAAAGGGGAAAAUCUGAAAGAUAAAGGGUUAUAGGUCGCGCCAAAAAAACAUAUGCAGAAAACAUAUAGCAAAUAAUAGAAUCAUAAAACAAAAUUGAAAUAUCAUCAUGAGAAACUGCUAAAGAUGUAGGAGCAGUGUAAUAUGUACUUACAUAUAUCAGUACAUUAGAACAGAAAUAAGUCCUAGAGUAAGCAGAAAAUGGUCAAAUCCACUUGAAAAACUGAAGAGUGGUAAUAAUCCAAACAGAGGUAGAGGAAUAAUCGAUGUUUCUUGUUCCCGGAUGAAAAUAUGAAAAUAGAACAAACGGAAAUUCCAAUAGUGUAGACUGUAACUUGAGCUUCUUUAUGAAGAGUCAAAACAAAAGGGUAUCGCACUCACCUAUUGUGGAGCUUGAACUAGCUCAGGUAUGGUUCGCACUCAGUGGUAUUAGUCCCCCACUGAUGGGGUGUAGACAUAUGUAGGUGAAGGAAAUCCUCGAGAGAAAAAAAGGUAACACAAAAUAGUGCUCACUGUAUAAGUGUUAAGUUAUACGUGAAAUAAAAUUAUAUAUUGAAUACUCACAUUUAGGUGAGCAGGAUAUACUGCUCACUUUUUUGGCGCAGGUGGUAUAAUCCCCACCUAGGAUUCUUGAGCAAAUGGGUAGUGAUGUAUAUAGAUAUAACCAGGUCCAAAAAUAAAAUAAAACAAGAUAAAAACUAAAAUAAAAGGUAUAUGGCAAGAGAGAAAAAAAUAUAUACUAGCCAAUAAUCUUUUAUUAAUACAUAUAUAAAAUUAUAAAAUAGCCAAAACGUGUUUUAUCAACUGGAGUUCUCUAGGACUUAUUUCUGUUCUAAUGUACUGAUAUAUGUAAGUACAUAUUACACUGCUCCUACAUCUUUAGCAGUUUCUCAUGAUGAUAUUUCAAUUUUGAUUUAUGAUUCUAUUAUUUGCUAUAUGUUUUCUGCAUAUGUUUUUUUGGUGCGACCUAUAACCCUUUAUCUUUCAGAUUUUCCAUGAGUAAAAGACAGGUCAGAUGGGGAUGGUGGUGCCCGUGAGGGACAUGUUCUGGUAAGUAAAUCUUGCUUAAUUACCAAAUUAUGCAAAGUCCCCAGACGGUGACCGCUCCGCUUUAAGGGUCAUAUGGCAGCCUAUGCUCUCCUGCAUUUCAGAGCUUUAAUGCCCAUGGAAGGCCAUCAUGCUUUUAAGGUACCAGCAGAGCUAGACCCAUACUGGAGCCAUUGAGCUCAAGUUAUUAUUACAUACCUGAGGGUCCUCUAUAUCAGUUGUACCCAAACCUACAGAUGAGCUGUAUUCAUCGUUGCACAUAGCCCUUUAAAUCACAGUGACUGGGCGAUUGUGCUAAGCUGUGGUUAUUAGUUUGGAAUUCUAGAGGAUUCCAAGCUUGCAGGGGGGAGCAUGAGAUCCCUGAGGUUAGCAUUAGGGUUUGGUGUUUCAAAAACACGCAAAAAUAAAUACACUGCUCAAAAAAAUAAAGGGAACACAAAAAUAACACAUCCUAGAUCUGAAUGAAUUAAAUAUUUUUCUGAAAUACUUCGUUCUUUACAUAGUUGAAUGUGCUGACAACAAAAUCACACAAAAAUUAAAAAAUGGAAAUCAAAUUUUUCAACCCAUGGAGGUCUGGAUUUGGAGUCACACUCAAAAUUAAAGUGGAAAAACACACUACAGGCUGAUCCAACUUUGAUGUAAUGUCCUUAAAACAAUUCAAAAUGAGGCUCAGUAGUGUGUGUGGCCUCCACGUGCCUGUAUGACCUCCCUACAAUGCCUGUGCAUGCUCCUGAUGAGGUGGCAGAUGGUCUCCUGAGGGAUCUCCUCCCAGACCUGGACUAAAGCACCUGCCAACUCCUGGACAGUCUGUGGUGCAACAUGACGUUGGUGGAUGGAGCGAGACAUGAUGUCCCAGAUGUGCUCAAUUGGAUUCAGGUCUGGGGAACGGGCGGGCCAGUCCAUAGCAUCAAUGCCUUCGUCUUGCAGGAACUGCUGACAGACUCCAGCUACAUGAGGUCUAGCAUUGCCUUGCAUUAGGAGGAACCCAGGGCCAGCCGCACCAGCAUAUGGUCUCACAAGGGGUCUGAGGAUCUCAUCUCAGUACCUAAUGGCAGUCAGGCUACCUCUGGCGAGCACAUGGAGGGCUGUGCGGCCCCCCAAAGAAAUGCCACCCCACACCAUUACUGACCCACUGCCAAACCGGUCAUGCUGGAGGAUGUUGCAGGCAGUAGAACGUUCUCCACGGUGUCUCCAGACUCUGUCACGUCUGUCACAUAUGCUCAGUGUGAACCUGCUUUCAUCUGUGAAGAGCACAAGGCGCCAGUGGCAAAUUUGCCAGUCUUAGUGUUCUCUGGCAAAUGCCAAACGUCCUGCACGGUGUUGGGCUGUAAGCACAACCCCCACCUGUGGACGUCGGGCCCUCAUACCACCUUCAUGGAGUCUGUUUCUGACCGUUUGAGCAGACACAUGCACAUUUGUGGCCUGCUGGAGGUCAUUUUGCAGGGCUCUGGCAGUGCUCCUCCUGUUCCUCCUUGCACAAAGGCGGAGGUAGCGAUCCUGCUGCUGGGUUGUUGCCCUCCUACGGCCUCCUCCACGUCUCCUGAUGUACUGGCCUGUCUCCUGGUAGCGCCUCCAUGCUCUGGACACUACGCUGACAGACACAGCAAACCUUCUUGCCACAGCUCACAUUGAUGUGCCAUCCUGGAUGAACUGCACUACCUGAGCCACUUUUGUGGGUUGUAGACUCCGUCUCAUGCUACCACUAGAGUGAAAGCACCGCCAACAUUCAAAAGUGACCAAAACAUCAGCCAGGAAGCAUAGGAACUGAGAAGUGGUCUGUGGUCACCACCUGCAGAACCACUCCUUUAUUGGGGGUGUCUUGCUAAUUGCCUAUAAUUUCCUAUUGUCUAUCCCAUUUGCACAACAGAAUGUGAAAUUGAUUGUCACUCAGUGUUGCUUCCUAAGUGGACAGUUUGAUUUCACAGAAGUGUGAUUGACUUGGCGUUACAUUGUGUUGUUUAAGUGUUCCCUUUAUUUUUUUGAGCAGUGUAUAACCAACAGAUAUGACUGAGGUUGGUUAUAAAAUGUAAAAAUCAAAAGCGUCAAAAUGCUUUUCAUUGGGGGGGUGAGGCUUGACUACUAUUCUGAGCAGAUAUGUUUCUUUAGAACUGUUAGGACAGUACAGUGGCCCAACACGCAGGAUUAAGUCAAACACGGAUAAAAUAUAAACUAAGGAAAAACUUGUUACCGGCCUUAAAAUGGCCGGAAUUAAUGUACAUCGAAUAACCAGUAAUUAGCCGAGGUCAGGGGUACAGACAGGAGAAAACACGGAAAGUCAAAAGCCAAAAGGUCAGGAAGCCAGAAGUAAAAAUAGUCAGAACAAGCCAAUAUCAAAAACCAGAAUACCAAAUACAGGAACGUACUCUUGGAUAACCAAACCGUGAUGGAAACCACGAAAGGGCAAAGAGGAGAUACAGAAAUGGGUUUAAAUAGCCCAUUCCUUUUUGUCCUUGGUGGGCAGGGAUCAGCUGAUUCCAGAAUGUGCGUGCUUGCCGAUUACGUGGCAGUGCACGCACGUCCGCGUGACUCCCACCAGAGGCAGUGCUACAUAUAACCCUAUUCUAGCAGCGUCCAGCAUCCAUAGGAACACCGCGUUCGCUGGGGAAGGACGCGCAGGCAGAUCUGGCUGAGAUCCGCCGCGACUUAGGUAACUGCCAGUCUGCUCCUGUGUGACUGCACGAGCCGUGACAAGAACUCCUCAAAGUCAGAAUUAAAUACAGUUUUUCUGCUCAUAAAGAGGCUACUUUCGGGCCUAAUCAGAACUUCUGACUCAUGAAGCUUUUGUACUUCCAAGCCUGGUGACAUUCGUCUACUCAACCAUUUGUACCUCAGCAACUGUGGCCUAGCUGCCCAUGCUGGUGGAGAGAGCAGACGAUCCUUUGGUUGAACCAGAGUAACUAGAUGGAGCCAUCGUACCCCAUCCCUCCCACUACUGGACCAGUAGGGGAUAUCCCGGUCACCACUGUGUAGGCUGCCAAGAACCUUACUAACCCCAUUGAAGGAAGCAUUUGUCCAUAAAACACGCGCUCGAUUUCUGCAAAGUGGCCGAGCAGUCACAAGGAGCAAUAGCUAAUAUGCAUCAGGGAGACACCCUGUCGUUAUUCAAUUAACUCUGUGAGCGGUUCUGGUCAACAUUGAAUUAGCACGCGACCCAGAAGCUACGCUAUAUCCACCAUCAAACUAGGAAUCAACAGCGAUGAGACAGAUGUCCACGGGAAUCCAUUCCAGGCAAAUCUGCUACACCCUCCAUCAUCUCUAAGAAGUCGGGCCUUCCUGGGCUGAGAGACAGCAGGAGAAUAUCCCCAUCACAAUGCCCACACCUACGGAGAAAAUCUUGGAGGAGAUGUCCAAGCAAAAAAAAACGCAACAAAUAAAUCACUCUCCAGCAAAAAGCCUGAAGGUAAUGAUUCUAUUCACCAGAACAAAUUCAAUAAGCUGUAGUUGUUCUGGUGACUAUAGCGCCCCUUUAAUUUCACCUGUCAGUAGUUUUUUUUUUUUUCAAUUCUUUAUUUUAUUUGUGCAUAAGUAAGACAUACAGGGUUGCACAGCCACAACAGCUGGUGCAUGCUUAACGUCAGGUAGAGCUUAACAAUUGCGUGACAUGAGAAAUAAUGCACAUUUUAUGUUAUUGAAAAAUAAGUAAUGGAGUCAGAGGAGCAGUUAAUAGCAAUAUAGUUGGCUAGGCUCAUGACUCUUAAGGUUAACAUGCUUUAAGUAUAAAUUUUGAUCACGCUUAUUUUGAAGGGUAUCCUCGCAGUACCCUGUAUGCAUCACCACUUUUAUGCCUAUUUGUGUUUGCUUGUAAGACAUACAUUCCAUGUAAUCACGACAGGCCGGAGUAGCGUAAACACAGUAGGUGAGGUAUUAAGAUUCCAGACAUUUUAGAACAGUCUCGUUGCUCAGUUUGUCACUAUAUAAUAUACAGUGCAAGUGUAGUGGUGUGUGACAUGGGGGACUUAGUGCAGUACGAAAAUAAUGAGAAAAGGUGGUGAGAAACAAAAAGUCAACCUGGGUGCUACAGACAAAGACAGAACACAGUCCUCUCCGGUAUGCGAUCUUCGGCACACUCCUGCUGCUGACUUGUGUGCAGGAAGUGAUGGCAGGGUUCCAGCAAGUAGGAGAGUUCGGUAAAUACUGCUCCGUCGGUUUAAGGCCUGGUCCUGUGUCCGGGGGUCCUGGCUGGUGUAAUUCGUCCAGGCGUUGGGUUGCGAUGUGAGGAACAUCCUCUCACGUCUCAAUGUCCAGGAGGGCAGCAGUGGGGCCGGAACCAAUCGCCUGGCACAAAGGUUUGGGCUACCAUUUCCUCUGCUGGUGUGGCUAGACAGUCCAGGGGUGGGUGCUCCAGCCAGCCUUUAGCAGUGGUGUGGUUCCUGUCUGCAGGUAGUCAGCUUUUCUAGUUCAGACUGUGAGGCAGCCAUUUUGUUUAGAAAGCGCAGGUGUCCGAGAGCAGGCCAAGGUCCGUGGCAUCUGCUCCUGAUGGUGUCAGAUCUCUCCACUGUGGACCGGGAUAACCCCCCGGGCCAUGGGGAGGGAACGGGGCCUGUGAGGAGUGUCACGGGGUUGCUGUGUGGCUGCUAGAUUAUCGAGCAGGGUGGCGGCCGUCCACCCCGCUUAGGCCGCAGGCUCCAAAGCUAUGUAUAACCUUCAGGGUCUCCAAAGCUCCCGAUCUUGGGGUCUGCAGUAGUGCCCACAGCUCCCUGCUCACUUUGCUGUACCUCUAGGCUGAGAUAAGAGCAGUUUGUGCCAUAGUUUUCGGCCCAGAUGGCCAGAUUUUGCAAGAGCCUCUCCCGCAUGCGACCGGUCAGCAUGGCGGUCAGGCCCCGCCCCCCACUUGUCAGUAGUUUUAAUGUUGUGGAUGAUCAGUGCAUGUUGUCUCUACCGAAUAUAACAACAUUUUCAAUUAAGCUAACACACGGAAUAGCAUGUUAUGUAUUGUUUUAUUUGUGUGUUUAUUAUGACCUGUACAUUUUAAAUCUAGGAUAUUUGCCAUUGUAUUUUGUGAUAUCUUGACUGAAAAUGCAUUGUGGAGGAUAGGAGUCCACAUUAUCUCCAAUGUACACAAGGGUUAUAGGGUGUAAACCUCCAGACUACCACACUGUAAUGAAGUAGAGCACGGGUGCUCAAAAGAUGGAUCCCCAGAUGUUUUAAAGCUACAAUUUCCAUGAUGUUUUGUCAUCCUUAAGGUAUGCAAAGCAUCAUGGGAGCUGUAGUUCUAGUUCAACAACAUCUGGAAAUCUUCCUUUUGAGCACCCCUGAAGUAGAGUAUCAGGAUAUACCUAACCUACCCGAAUGUUAAUAAUAUGAACCACUAAGUGCAGGUUCAAUAUGGGUUUGGGCUACUAGUGAGACCCCAUUUAUUUAGAGAGCAUUUUGGGGACACAGACUCUUCCACAGUAUAAUUAAUGUUGGUUACACCUUAAGGUACACUGCUUUGUACCCCACAAUAUAAAGACAUUCGCCAUUGUAAAUUGGUUUAUAAGGUGUCUACUCUCCUUCAAACAUAAUGUUAUUACCUUUUUUUUUAAUUUACUUGCUGUUUUAAAUGUGACAUUUUUAAUGUGAACCUUACCACCAACAUACUGGAAUUGUAUAUAAUUAAAGCGUUACCCUUUAUUUUCCAAUUUGCAAUGCCCUGCUGGACACUAGUAAUUACCCCCUCUGCUACCUUUUAAACCUGUAAACAAACACUACACCAUACAAAACAAUCCGCGCUGGUUUCCAUGCCUCAAUUCAACAUAAUUUUUCUUCACAAGGUCCGAUCAAAUGCUUCUCAUAGAGAAGUAUUUUAUUAGUCCGUUCUCUCCAGCUUCGAGCACAUGCAGUACUCUGAGUCGGGAAGAGGAGGUAAUAAGAGAUGGGAUUUUAACAUAUAUUCUUUAAAAAAAAAAAACUUCUACUAAAUGGAGUGUGGCAGAGCUCCAAUAUUCAAUCGGAGUAUACCAGAGCAGCUCUCCCAGCAAAAUUGUUGGUGAUUAUAGCUACCCACCCAAACAUCGGCUGAGCCUUGAUGAAGGGUGAAAACAAGAACACUUUAUUUGGAUUUUACAAACAUAUUUAUAAUCAGACCCCCAGCAUGGGGUCUUUAGCUACACAUUGGUAAGCCUACCCAGGCCCCUCUGUGUCAGGUAGAUGAUCAGAUCAAACACUGUUAAGGCUCCUGACAUGAAAACUCCCAAAAAUAAUGUGAAAACCAAUAAUAACCCCCACACAAUUAAUAUCUCCGGAUCGCUAGUCCCAGAGCGCCCAAUCUGGCAAAAUGGCAACCUGUUCCCAGGUAUAUGGUGGAAUCGCCACCUGACUAUACGUUUUGACUGGCUGUGGCUGAGACUCAGUCCAAGUAACCGUUACACACAGCUGUCCUGAGGUAGCGCUGUUCUCUCUGAACUUUUAUCCAGCAGUUUAUGGGGAGCAGGUGGCUUGCUUUUAGGGUACCUGUGCUGUAUGUGUGUGCAGGGGGGAAGGAGCCACAGUAGCAGUGUAAUUUAAGCUCUUUUGAUACAGUUAAUGGUGUUUCUUAACAUGGGGGGAAGAAACGUUGAAGCUUUACCCUGCAAGGCGCUAACAACCUGUCACCAGCGCACAGUUUGUCCCAACAACAGACGUAUUUUUGCACAGAAUUGAUAUUAGCUAGCCUGGAGAUUACUUCUAGGCUGCCUACGUUACGUGUGCCAAUAGUGUAACUAGCCCAGAGCACAAACGUCCAAAUAUCUCUGAAUGUGCAGCGUUUCCAGCAGAAACCGUAUAGCUAUUCCUUCCAUCCCGACCACUUCUAAAAGCAGUAAGUGGUCAUGGUGGUUGGAGUAACCCAGGCUUACCCAAACUCCGGCCCUCCAGAUGUUGCUGAACUACAACUCCCAUGAUUCUAUGAAUGAAAUAGAUAGGCUGAGACUCAUGGGAGUUGUAGUUCAGCAACAUCUGGAGGGCCGGAAUUUGGGGAAACCUGGAGUAACCCUUUAAUUGUGGUCUAUAUAAAUUUAUUGAAUUAUCAUGCACCGCUCUGAUAUUUUACAUUCUUUUAUUCCAGUAACCAGAUGUGAAGGAUAUAAACUGCUAUAUAUUUGGGAUUUAUUCACUGAACAUGAAACUUGCAAAUUUAAGAAAGGGCGGGGGGGAAAUUCUCAAGCUUAGCUUUUUAUUUCAGUAGAUUUAUAUUGACCUCAAAUGUUAUAUUUAUUUUAUUCUCUAUACAUUUCAGCUAUUUUUUUUUCUCUGAACCCCACUGUGCUGUAUUUUAUUAAUAAUAAUAAUAAUAUACAGUUUCCACAUGGGUAUUAAGCAGAGCCUCGUGCUGUGCAUCACCCAAAUAAAUAUAUAUUUAAUUUUAGCGCAGCAAGUUACAUUGAAUUACAACAUAAAGCUUCAGCUAGCACAGGCCACAGUCUGACGACAUUCUGACGAAAGUGCCAGAGGCAGGAAUCUUCCAGAAGCGGCCCGAACCAGGCAAGGGCGCCAGCGUGUGACAGGCACCACAAGCAGCCAAUCGGCAGCAGCCGCUGAGCCACGGCCUGUUAUCUGAUUGGCCCAGCGUCGGAGAGCGAACGAGGCGUGGAGUGUGUCAUUGAAGAGACGGGGGAAAAAAAGGAGGGCAGGGCGUGGUAUGUGACGAAACGCACCAACGUGUGCGAAUCCGCUGCGGCCAGCAUUAGAGACGGCGUCCAAUCGGGUGACUCCAACGCGCGCCGUGCCCGCCAAUCAGAGCACUCCACGACGUUGACCGGCCGGGAGGAUAUAAAAGGGGACCAGCAGCGCGUGGUACGUCAGUCUGACAGCAACCGGCGAAUAGAGAAGACACAGCGAGAGAGCGAAGAGGCGGCUUGAGUUCGGUAUGUCACUGGAGGCCCAUGGGGAUUGUAUUAUCUAACGGCAGAAUCUCCUCUCCUAAUAUGGCUGCGGGAUGGCUGAGUGUGUUUAGCGGUGGCUGCUUUUGUUGCCGUGUAGCUGGUUUAGUGAUCUGUAACCGGUGUCUGCAGUCUGACUGUCCCUGUAUCAGUGAUGGCUUGCUUUAUGGUUAUUACUAGAUGUAGUGCACUUCCUGUCACUCUCAGCCAGCCAUUGGCUGAGUAUCACUGGCAGCCUGGUCCCCUGUCCUGCUCAGCACUGGGCUGACCUCAGCGAUGGGUCAUUUCAUGGUUAGUAGCUGUGGUGGACUACACUUCCUGUCACUCUCAGCCAGCCAUUGGAUGAGUAUCACUGGCAGCCUGGUCCCCUGUCCUGCUCAGCACUGGGCUGACCUCAGCGAUGGGUCAUUUCAUGGUUAGUAGCUGUAGUGCACUACACUUCCUGUCACUCUCAGCCAGCCAUUGGAUGAGUAUCACUGGCAGCCCGGUCCCCUGUCCUGCUCGGCACUGGGCUGGUUAUGGGGGAGCAUGGUGCCAUUCAUUGAGUGCUUUCUUAGUGCUCAGAUGUCGCUCAGUGUUGGGUUAAGCUGUGCUUUGGUUUGUUAUGUGGAGUAUAGAUCCAGGGGUGCUGAUGCUAGUUAAGGUUAACGGUUUAUGCAUAAUCCCCUUUAUUUUAUUCUUUUUAAAUUAAUGAUUACAUCGUCGGUGGUCUUGCUUUAAAAAUCAAGAAUUUCAGAUCUAAUGCUUAAAGAUGAGAUUUUGUUUUUAUUAUUUUUUUAAGAAUUAUGUAUUUAUCUAAAGCAUGCAGUAUUAUUCACUGAAAUGUGACUUUGGUCCUGGUUAUUUAAAGUGCAUUUAAAAACCAAAACCGAAAAAAAAUUAAUAGCCUAAUUGGGAUGACUAAUACCAGCUAUUUAGCCAUCUUGACCUGGAAUUCUCUCUGCAUUACUAACCAUUCACAUUCUAGUGAUCAUCUCUUGUCUGUCACAUUGUAUGUUUACAUAUUUUGUUGCAGGAUUUGUUAGAAUGGCUAGUCUGGAGGUCUAAUAAAGAAACUCCACUGUCCUAUUAAAUCUAGCAUUGUAAUUAUUUGUAAAUCCAACUUGAUAGGAUUUCAAUGCCUAGUUAUUGCCGGUCAUCGCAAUGAGAUGUUGGUUUGUUAUAGUAGCACUUAAAUAUGCAAUGUUUUACAAUAUAUGUAUGAAUGAGGUGUAACUGAUAACUGUAUGACUAUCAGUUUAACUACAGAAAACUAAAGUAGCAUUCUGGCAAUAAAAAAGAAAUUAUACUUGGAAUCGGAGUUGCAUGUAACUCCCCUUCCCGUUAUUACUGGCUCAUGUAUGUCAAGUUCAUGUAUAUCCUAAAGUGAUAAUGGGCAUUUUGCAGUAUCUAGAAGGUUCUCUCCAUUUCCUGCCACCCAUGUCUGAAGCAUUAUGUUCUCUCAUUGGUUGGAGAGGAGGAGCGUAAAAAAGUACAUCCCUUCUGUACGCCUGCCUCCUAUUUUGUAGAGACGUAUGGUUUGAUGAGCAUUUUUAACCUCUUGACUGCCAGUGACUUUUCUGCAAAAUAAAUAGUAUCCACACAAGCUCUUAUUUUAGGAUGUGGUAUUUGAUUUAAAAUUUUAAAUUUUUGUUAGCAUAAAUACAGCAUUUAGAGAGAGGCCUCUGAGUAUUCCUUUUUAAAUACCCUUAACCCAUAGCAAACCGUCAAUAGGGCGUAAAGCUAUCAGGGAUAUGAUGUGUUGAAUUUGAAGCUUUUGUACCAUCUUGGCCUAUUGUAUGAUAUUGAGCCUCUACUUGGUUUUUCUUAAGUGCUUGGUUUGGGAUUGGCUUCUGAAUUAACAUGACUAUUAUUCCUUGCAGAAUUUUGCUAUCGGAGAAUUUUUCUUUAUCUGUGGCAGUAAAAGAAACCUCCAUAUGGUUAUCAUGAAGUUUUUUGCUGUGUUUUUGCUGGUCGUUGCCAGCGUUUAUGCUGACGAUGAUGACAAAAGAGAAGAUGUUGGGACAGUGGUUGGAAUUGAUCUGGGCACCACUUACUCAUGGUAAGGAAUCUAGAGUGUGAACAACCACUGAAAUACAAAUUGGACCUAUGCAAUUUCCUUUUCUUGCUAUAAUGGAGUAUAGUGCCUUGUCUGCAUCUUCCGUUUUGUUUUUUUUUUUGUUUUUUUAUUCUUUUUGCUUUACUAGCUACACUCUGAACAAUUCUCUUAAUUCAUUAAGACUCCUCCCUUCCUGUUUUUCACAAUGCUUGGUAUACUGCUAAAAAUGUAUUGCAAUACUUUACAUAUCUUAUUCUAAGUACAGCAUAGUUGAAAUCCCUAGGGAACUCCAAUUGACAUUUUCAUAUCAAUCUUAGUAUAUGCAUAUUGUCACAUGUAUGUUCAGACUUGAAUACAUUGAGACCAUUCUGUUUUGUUACCCAUUUGUGUUUUCCCCUCCCACUGUGGCAGUGUUAAUCAUUGCAGCAUUUAUUGCUUUUAACGUAGCUUUUAAAACAUUGCAUAGUUGAAUAACUUAAUAUCAAAUCCUUUCCUUUUUAGUGUUGGAGUGUUCAAGAAUGGCCGUGUUGAGAUAAUUGCAAAUGACCAGGGCAACCGUAUUACACCUUCUUAUGUGGCAUUCACUCCAGAGGGAGAACGUCUCAUCGGAGAUGCUGCCAAGAAUCAGUUGACCUCCAACCCAGAGAACACUGUUUUUGAUGCUAAGCGUCUCAUUGGCCGCACAUGGAAUGACCCCUCUGUUCAGCAGGACAUAAAGUACCUGCCUUUCAAGGUACAUAUUCUAUGACACACUGACUUUGAUAAAGCGGUCUUUCAAUACCUAUUCUCUAAUAAUGCCUUAUUGCUCAUUUUAUGACCAAUUUGGUUAACUCUAAGCUCUAAUUAUUUCUAAUUAUUUUUCUAGGUUCUUGAGAGGAAGACCAAGCCAUACAUCCAAGUAGAUAUUGCAGAUCAGGUGAAAACCUUUGCUCCUGAAGAAAUUUCUGCUAUGGUCUUGGUUAAAAUGAAGGAAACCGCUGAAGCAUAUCUUGGUAAAAAGGUAUGUAUGUAUGUAUUAUCUAAGGGGAAUCUAUAGUCCUGAAAAUAAUUGUCCUUUAGAGACUACUGGCCUUGUUUACAGUGCCAGAACUCUUGGACAUGCUCAGAUGUCUAUGGAGGAUCUUGCAAGAGAAUCCAUAGCCAAUACUAGUGCCGGCUGGGGGACAUAACAAAACUUGACAGCAAUAAGUGUUUAUUAUGACCGGAAAAUGCAUGAAGACCGAUCAAUCUAUUAUAUGAAACACUCAUUUUUCGGGUGGUGGAGGAAAACGGCCAAUUUAACUAGAUUAGUUUUUUGUUUUUAUUUCAAAGUAUAUUUGAUUAUUUUAUUUUUAACUGUAUUUAUUUUUGUUUUAAGGUUACUCAUGCUGUGGUCACUGUACCAGCUUAUUUCAAUGAUGCCCAGCGUCAGGCCACAAAAGAUGCCGGCACUAUUGCAGGGUUGAAUGUGAUGAGGAUAAUCAAUGAGCCGUAAGUAGCUAAUUUUAACUCUGAAUCUUUUUUUUUUUUUUUUUUAAUUUUUCUUCUGUAAUCUUAGGGAGUGGGGUGUUCAGUAAACUAUUCUUGUGUGGCACUUUCCUGUUGUAAACCAGUAAAACUACAGAUUUUGGGUUCAUAUAGUAAACUCGGGUUAUAUUAUUUUUUUUUUUUUUUUUUUUUAUAUCCACCCAGUUAACUCCUCACAAAUGCAGGCCUUAAAUGUUCCAUUGGCAAGUGAGCAUUCUGCCAUGGAACUUCUUGGCUUGCAGUGAAAAAUGGCUAGUUGACUAGUUGCCUUGAAUGUGAAAUUUUGAGCUCUGGAAACUAAUUCAUUUCUUCUGAACUGCAUAGUAACAAAUUAAAUUUAGAAGAAACACUUCAGAGAAGCUGCAGGAUGGCUAACCACUGCUUUAUUUGUUCCACUCCCUUGAUUUUAGUAGAACUGAUGUGAGCAGAGCUCAUUGUUAUUACUGGCAUUUAUAAAGUGCCAACAUAUUCUGCCGCACUGUACAAUUGGGAAAGACCACACAAAUCGGAGCAGAUCGAUACAACAGUUAGAGGGCCAUGCCUGUGAGCUUACAAUCUGAAGGCCUACUCAGUUUGUCAUUGGUUUAUUGGCAUCUGAUGCUGCAUAGACCAUAUCACCACAAUAGAUAGUAAAAAUAGCAGAACAAUUGUUGGGUUCUGAAAACCGUGUCUAAUCUCUCUCCAUUAAAAGUUUUUUUACUAUUAUUCAUUCUUGCAGGACAGCUGCUGCCAUUGCUUAUGGUCUGGACAAGAAGGAAGGAGAAAAAAAUAUCCUUGUCUUUGAUUUGGGUGGCGGCACCUUUGAUGUGUCUUUACUCACCAUUGACAAUGGUGUGUUUGAAGUGGUGGCUACAAAUGGAGACACUCAUCUUGGAGGGGAAGACUUUGAUCAGCGAGUCAUGGAGCACUUUAUAAAGCUGUACAAGAAGAAGACUGGCAAGGAUGUCAGGAAAGACAAUAGAGCUGUGCAGAAACUGCGUCGGGAGGUGGAAAAGGCAAAGAGGGCUCUGUCCGCUCAGCAUCAAUCCAGAAUUGAGAUUGAAUCUUUCUUUGAGGGAGAGGACUUCUCAGAAACUCUGACCCGGGCCAAGUUUGAAGAGCUGAACAUGGUAAGGAUCCUGCUUGACAAAGUAAUGCAAGGUGGUAUUCCACUUUAUGACAUUGACUUUUUAAUAACUUAACUUGUGUCCGUUCUUGUAACUUAUACAAAGUAUAUUGGACACGUUGAAAGCAGUUUGGUCUUUAAGGAUGGCUGUCGCAAAGAGCUAUAAAUGGUGUAGUAAUGAUCUGUCUAAUGCUAGCAAUAAUCUGUUUUAGGAUCUCUUCCGUUCCACCAUGAAACCAGUUCAAAAAGUGCUAGAAGAUGCUGACCUGAAGAAGUCUGACAUUGAUGAAAUUGUUCUAGUGGGAGGUUCAACUCGUAUCCCCAAGAUCCAGCAGUUGGUGAAGGAAUUUUUCAAUGGCAAAGAACCAUCCCGUGGUAUCAACCCUGAUGAGGCUGUUGCAUAUGGUGCUGCUGUUCAGGCAGGAGUACUUUCUGGCGAUCAGGAUACUGGUUAGUGUUUACUUCUUUAAAUUGUCUAGGAAUGCAGUUGACUUGUGUUUACAUGAGUCUGUGAACUGGGUCAAAAAACUUUUAGUUGGCUAUGAGUUUAAAUGAUUUUAUUUUAUUUCCACAGGUGACUUGGUACUUCUUGAUGUGUGCCCUCUUACUCUUGGUAUUGAGACUGUGGGAGGUGUCAUGACUAAACUUAUACCCAGGAACACAGUUGUGCCUACCAAGAAGUCACAGAUCUUCUCUACAGCCUCUGACAACCAGCCUACUGUUACCAUUAAGGUUUAUGAAGGUGAGUAGGCAAUUUCUAGAAAAAUAGUCUAGUGCAAACUCAUACACAUAACAAAAUAAAUGUUAUACCUGUAGUACAGUGCUACGGAAUUUGCUGGUGCUACAUAAACAAAAGUGUGUGUGUGUGUGUGGUUUUUAUAACUUUUUUUUUAAAUUUUAUUUUAUUUUUUCUCUUUAGGGGAACGCCCAUUGACCAAGGAUAACCAUCUUCUGGGCACUUUUGAUCUCACUGGGAUCCCUCCAGCUCCUCGUGGUGUCCCACAGAUUGAAGUCACCUUUGAGAUUGAUGUGAACGGAAUCUUAAGAGUAACUGCAGAGGACAAAGGCACAGGCAACAAGAACAAGAUCACAAUUACAAAUGAUCAGAACCGUCUAACACCAGAGGAAAUUGAGCGCAUGGUCACUGAUGCUGAGAAAUUUGCAGAGGAAGACAAGAAGUUAAAAGAACGUAUUGAUUCUCGAAAUGAGUUGGAGAGCUAUGCUUACUCCCUAAAGAAUCAGAUUGGAGACAAGGAAAAGCUUGGUGGAAAACUGUCCUCUGAGGACAAGGAGACCAUUGAAAAAGCAGUUGAAGAGAAGAUUGAAUGGUUGGAAAGUCAUCAAGAUGCAGACAUUGAAGAUUUCAAGGCAAAAAAGAAGGAGCUAGAAGAAAUUGUUCAGCCCAUAGUUGGUAAACUUUAUGGUGGAGCCGGUGCACCACCUCCUGAGGGAGAAGAAACCGAGAAGGAUGAAUUGUAGGCAUGCUGGUUGUCUGUUUACUGUAAUAUUGUAAAUACUGGACUUCAAGAACAUUUUUGAAGAACAUUUGAAUGGAGAACUCUAGUGUGUGUGAAUUCUUCACUCUCCAGUGGAGACAAAUGCUAAGCCUUAAUGGCUGUUUACUGCUUUUCAUUAGCAGUUGUUCACCCAAAACAUUAUUUUUGUUGCGGUUUGGUUCCCUUUUUGGGGGGUGGGGGUCUGGUAUUUCUCGGUUCAACAUUGUUUAAAAUCCACUCAGAUGUUUUAUUUAUUUGAAAAUGGUCAGGCACAUUAUAUGUAGUACUUUUUUCUACUACCAUUGACCACAAUAAAUGUUUGAUAAUUAUCCUGGCUUUUUUUUUUUCUUUCCCCAUUUUUACAUAUAAAUACUGGAAGUGUUAUGUAAACUACUGGUAUUAAAAGACACUUUGAAUACAGAUCUUCAAUGUCCUUUACAAAGAGCCAAUUUUUAUAAAGUAGAACUGGUUUAUGAUUCAUAAAUGUGGAGGUGAUCUCAACCUUAACUUUGUAAAUCUAACUCCUUUAUAUUUUCUUUUGUAAGGUUCAUUACCAACCAUUGUUCACAAGCUAGGGUGGCGCUGUAGCUGAACUCUAAACAUCAGCACUCUGGCAGGAGCUCUGUGAAAGAGGUCCACCACAGAAGAGUUCAAAUGCAAUCCACAGGCUUCACAAAAUAGGUGCUCAAUGGACUUUUUUGUGAUCCCAGGAUUCAAGAAAAUAAAUUGGCAUAACAAAGGCUAUAUAGGCCAAAAUAUGGGG